GAGAUGGAGUGAGAGAGAUAGAGCAAGAAGGAGAGAGAGGGAGGGAGAGCAGAGGAGAGAGCCAGAGGGAGUGAUACAGAGAGAGAGAGCGAGAAAGAGAGAGAGAGAGCAAAAAGGGAGGGGAGUUUAAACUAAGUGCUAUGUUGUGGGACAGGCUAAUCUGCUAGCGAGCAGUGUGAGGAUCGGAGCGUAUUGUGUGAGCCAGUGUGCGGGGGACAGAUAAGGGAGCCAGCCAGCCCGCCAGCCCGACCCACCGACCCACCGUCCGCCUGACUGCCUGUUUUAAUGUGCUGACUCUGGGGAGAUUUAAAAAAAAAAGAAGCAGCAUAUUGACUCCUAAGACGUGUGCGGAGACCCUGGGCACAAAACGCCACCACUACAGCCACAACAGCCAGCAGAGGUGCAUCACCAGACAAGGGAAAGAGAGAGAGAGACAAGAAACAGAGCUCUGAUAAGUCACAACUCCAAAAAAAUCUGAAAAUUAAAGAGGAUUUUUACCCCUCUUUUUUUUCCAAUUGAUUUUUUUCUUUCCUUCUUUCUUUUUUUUUCUUACCCGGACUGACUCCCAACCUUAUAGAAAGAAAGAAGGGGGGAGCAAAAGAACUGAAGAGAAUCUGAAAAAAUUUACAGGACAGAACAAAAGAAAAAUACGCACCAAAUCUGAACAUGUUCGAAAUAAGCCGAACACUCAACGCCGCUUUGUUGAGCAAUGAGGUAAAGAGAUAUUUCCAUUUUGCUUCUUUCUUCACACCUCACCUGUGUAUGUCUGCUGCCAACCAUUCUGUCAUGUGUGUCUUAUAUGUCCGUGCAUGUGUGCGUCUGUACACUUGUGUAUGCUCAUAGCCAAAAAAACAGAGGGGAUGAUUGAUUACAGCAGCUGCUUAUUAGUGUAUAUUUCCUGGACAUGGUAUUCUGGAUGAAGAAGAAGAAGAAGAGGGGACCGCCACGUUUCUGGAGAGCUAGUAUCUAGACUUAAGAUAUUUCCAGUGUAACAAAACCAAGGUAGCUAUCAGACCCUUGCAGCACAGGCUUGCUUGUGAAAUUGCCCACCUGGGGCUAAAAUUGUAUGUGUGCUCUCAUGCAAACGUAUAGUGUGGCUGUAAGUGCGGGUGGGUUUGACUGUAUGUGCCUUCACACAUGCAUUUGUGUGAGAGCAAAGUGUUCUGUAAUCCCCCUCUACCUCCUCAUUCUUCAUCCCCCCUCCCUAAACUCCCUCUUCUGUCCUUUACCAUCCUCGUGUCCUUCCUACCUGCUGUUAUCUGCUCUCCUUCCCUCCUCUCACACCCCUACCUUUUCUCUUUUACCCCCUCUCUCCCUCUCCCUCUUCCUCUUUUUUCUCCUCCCCUCUCCUCCUGUGUCUGUGUAUGAGCGUGUGUGUUCUGUGAGCAGCAUCUCAAGAUGAUGGCGAGGUGCGGGCAGCUCUCGGGACUAGCAGCCAGUGGCGUGGGCUCCGUCCCCGAGACGCACUCGCCGCUAUUUCCCAGGGAUCUCCUGUCAUCGCCAGCCCAGAUGGGCUACAGGUCACCCCUGGUAAGAGGAUAGACGGACCAAUAUAUCUCUGUCUCUUUAAUGAACACAGGCAAUAGGAAGAAAGGAGUAAAAGAAAACAGCGAUAGUUUUGUGGAUCUGUGUGUGAGAAAAGAGCAAAAGGGCAAAAAGAGAGCAAAUCAAUUGUGGGAUUCCGCCUGUAUCCCCAGUGGAUGAUAUUAGUAAAUAUUUACAUUGUUAUGUUUGUUCAAUUAUGGACGCCUACUCCGUCUUUAGCCUCUGCCAGUCAGGAUGUUAUCAGGGGAAUUUGAGGUGUUAGCGUGUGUGCACACGCGUGUGAGUGUGUUUGUGCGGGUAAAAUAUAUUUUAUGGUUUUUAUUAUGAGAAUUCUGACAUUUUCUCUUGUAUUUGCAGAAAUGUUUUUUUGCCUCAUGAUGGUGAAUUGAAUUUUGGAGUAAAGAUAUAACUAGAUAUCAGCAGUACACCUAAAAAGCUAUCGUUUUUACUGUUUUUGGAAAGAAAGUAUAAAGUAGAUUUUCUCAGGAGAGAUAUAGUCGUGUUUCUUUGUGACGGAUUUCUAUAUUAUUUAUUUCCAAAAACACAUCAGAGAAGUCACAGAUUGAGCAGCUAUAUAAUACACAGAUUGGAUAUUUUGCAUUGGAGGCAAAAUUACUCUGGCAUUUCCAUAGAAAAUAUGACUUCAAGGGAAAGGGAAUGAGAGAGGAAGAAGGGCCAUGAGAAAAACCCUGAGCGUUUAGGCAAAAAAAAAAAAAAAAAAGCGUUGUAAGAAAAUCCCUGACUCGCCGCAUUAAAGCGACAUGAAGCUGUGGGUGUCUAAUCCGCUGUGGGCUCUUCAUUGGUUCGGCUCCCCUUCAAACUGGCUCAGAUCCACACCCCAGAGCCUCCCGGAAGCCUUCAUAACCCACUGUCAUGCUGCUGACUGUACCCAGGGGUUUCCGUCAACUGUAUGCAAAUGAACGGUGGAGGAUAAGCUGUGAAAUGCGUCUGUUAGGAGUUGGGCUUCAAAAAUGUUUUUCCCAGUUUUUCUACUCUGCUUUCUCGCACGAGUUCAAAGACGUCUGUCCAGUGUUUUUGUUGUUAUUAUACAGCACACAAAAGUACUGCGUUUUUCCAGAGCCCAUUAAGACUCACAACAGUGUUAUCUGCUGUUUGCAUAAAGCUGCUGGACCGUAAAUUAUUUGUUGAAACCAGUGGAACUAAUCAGCUGAAUUCAUUAUAUAAAUAUGAUUGACAUUUGAACAUAUUAUGAUGCAUCUUAUCGCCAUCUUAUUAAACGGUAUAACAGAAUUUCGAGUGAUUAAUAAACAGCUUGAUGACCAGAUGACUACAUGCAAGUCAUGCUAAAUUUAUCAACAGGGUAGAAAUGAUUUAAAUGGAAAAAGUAACAACAAAAUGAUUUCAAAACAUUAUUAUUUUGAGCCAAGUGACUACGAGUUCCUCAUUAUCCACACUUUCAGGCGGCUAAAAUGGUUUCGUGAUGGUUUUAUUUUUGUGAUUUCGUGCAUUUGUCAUCAACAUGUUGCUAGUGAUGAGGCAUGGGUUGAAAAACGUGUGUGUGUGUGUGUGUUGUUAGUGUGUGCAUGCGCAUGAUUCCCCUGGUUAAAAAAGAUCAUCGUUAUAGUGAUUAAUAGUGCCUUCAUUAAGCACAGCAAGAUCAUUUGCAUACAUUAGAUAAAUGUGCUCCAAGAUUCUAGUGGCUUUGGUGUGUGACGCCUCAAAUGCAGCAUCUCAUAUUUUACUAUCAAGCGGAAAUACGACGUUUUAAUGGCAGUAAGACACUGCUCUGUGAAUCAAAAUUUGGAAUAAAUUCAUUGUAGCAUAAAUCAGUUGUUUUGACCCUGAAUCGUCCUGUUUUUAAACCAUUGAUGUUUAAAGUUAAAGCACCCAAGUGUAUUUUAAUUUAAUGCAGCACUGCAUGAAAUGAGUGCUUUGAUAAAUGAAUAAAUAGCGAGAUGGUUUGGUCCUCGAAAACACUACCCGCCUGCAGCAAAGUUUACCAUUUCUUCCCCUGGCACCACUGUGUGUUCAGUUUGUUUAGAGCAUUCUCUGUGUGUGUGUGUGUGUGUGUGUGUGUGUGUGUGUGUGUGUGUGUGUGUGUGUGUGUGUGUGUGUGUGUGUGUGUGUGUGUGUGCGUGCGUGUGUGUUUUCUCUACAUGACUUGUCUUUUCUGUGAGUGUGUGUGUUCGUGUUUCCAGUGAUACAUCUUUCAAGCUCUAGGACAGUUUGUAUAAAAGAGCAUUCAAAGAAAUAAAUUAUGAAACCACCAGGCACACAGAGGAGAGAUUCAGCAUGCAAUUAAUGACAUUUCGAGGGCCUUUUUCUCUGGUUUGAAAAAAAAAAAAAGGAAAAACAAGCAUCCAUAGUAUCAGUUUACAGGCAUUAGGAUGACCGGGCAAUCUUAGCCACGUCACCUUACGCAAAGCAGAUAAAACUAGAAAAGCAUGUGGGCAAAAACCAGGCAGCUAAUUAUUCCGUAUUUCAGUCACUGAGAUCUAAUUUUCAAAAAGCCCACAUCUUAAAACCUGCAGUGCGCCGUGCUUCAGAGCUGAAUGCUGUUAAUUUGUAGAAAGCUCCACUGAUUACCCACUGCAGGCAGCUGCCGUUCUCUAUGUGACACCAGGCUUUGUUUGACAACUCCAAUCUUUUCUGUUUCAACAUUAAAAAAAAGAGGGAUUUGCUUUUUUAGACCUGCCUGAAGAGGUUCAUCACCACCACGACAACAAACAGGCAAAGACAGAGGAAGAGAAGUAGAAAGGGGGGGGACACAGAAGCUCGCGAAGCAGCCAGGAGAUGGUUAGAGGUCAUCUCUAUUUCAUAACAAUGAUUAGCUCCUUCCAUCUGCCCGCUUUGUGCACUUCCCCUUUCCUUGAUUGCAGUGUUCUCAAUAUCCAGGAAAUUAGUUCAUUUAUGUUCCACAAGCCUGCUGCUCAACGCCACAGAAAGGAGAAAGACGCAGCAAGAGAAACAAAGAGAAAAAUAACAACGAUUGUGCCACAAGUACAACAGUGGUUUUGGUUGAUUAAUGCAAGAAUGAAAAAAGCGAAUUGGCUUGUUGUGUCAUUAUUUAACUAAAAAAUACUGCUCGAAAAUGAGACUUACAAUGUUAGGAAUUAAAAAGUGCAAACAAGAAAAGGCCAAAAUAUUUCUUUUGUAUAAUUUCAGCUGGAUUUCUUUCGAAAUGUAACAACAGAUCAGCACAAUGGUGGUUUGAUUAAGUGUAGUGAUCAGGAGAGAUUUUAAGCCAAGAGGUGGUCAGAAAAACAAACAUGCUACUCAACCGUAUCAUACCUGCAGUAGAUAUUCGUGCAGCACAUUAUUACCGUAUGAUAUGGCAGGAUUUAUAUUCAGCACCAGAUGAACGUAGACUGUGCAGAUAUGUGCAUGUCUGUAUAUCCUGUCAUAUUUGCUCUUGAUACAAGCACAUGUGGUCUGUCAGUAACGGGGAACACCGUGAGACUGAGAGAGACAACAAGGGGGGGCCUGAAGGGAUCAGAUCUGGUGGAGGGACUGCGCAUGUGUGCGUGUAUGUAUCUGCGUGUGUCUAUAUGUGUGUGUGUGUGUGUGUGUGUGUGUAUGUAUGUGUGUGUGUGCUGGCCACCAGUGCUGCAGGGAGGGCCCUGAGAUCAGCAGCUGAGCCUGUGUCCCGCUGGGAGCCAUCACUGCAGAAUGGAGCAGGUGUCUGCAGGCACAUACGCACACACGGACACUCACACACCCAUGAAAGCAAACGCACGCACACACACUGUAAAGCCAAGUGAACUCCCUCUUUCUCUUAACUGUAUCUUCAUCUCAGUCUGCGUAUGAUUUUUUUUUGUGUGUGUGUGCGUGUGUAUAUGUAUAUGUAUGUGUAUGUGUGUGUCUGGACUCCAAACCUUUUAAUUUGGACAACCCGCAGGGUGCAUUUUGUGUGUAUUUCAUCCCACAUCUUUUUGAUCAUUACCUAUUUUUACACACACUCUGGACUGUAGAUGAGAUGAAAAAAAGGGCUAGAGAUGUGGAUGUGAUCCACGAAGAACAGUGUACCUACAGAACAGCCUGCUGCAGCCUGUCAAGCGCCCACGCCCAGCCAAAGGUCACCUCUCUGUGUUUAGGUAUUUUGACCUGGAAGUAAUGACCUGUAAUUUCUCUGAGAGAAGUAGCAGUUGAGUCUGUGCUCGGGGCUGAUUGUAUCUUGACACUCGUGGCGAAACAAAAGCACACUGAUUAUGUCACCGCAACAGACGAGCAGCGAGGUGUUAUUAAAGAGGUGGGCGAAUAUUCAAAUGUAAACAAAAGGUUACCCCCCGCUCUAAAAACAAAAACUUCAAAUGAGAGGAUUUUAACCCAUUAUUAUUCCCUUUCCUGUUAUUUCUAUAACUGUAAGGUUUAACAUAACUAAUAUAGAGAUGUUUGCAUUUUCUAAGGACUGCCAUUGUUGUAAAAUCAACAAUAAAACACACUAUUUUCAUUGUCUGUUAAAAUGUACUUAUUCAACUAAAAAUCAGAAGGGAAGGUAUGUAAAUAACAAAGAAAGAUAUGUACAUCAAAGAUACGUAAAAACACACACACACACGCUUGUAAAUUGCAGCUAUUAUGGCAAAGCUUGCACACACACACACAUUUAUCAAAGUGAAUUGUGAUUAUAUAUGUGCGGUGAGCCUCUGAAAUGGACUGCAGAUUUACCUCAAGUCACUGGCUACAUUUCCACAAUUUAAUUGGUUGAAUAAACAAAAUAAUCUCACUUCCUGCUGUUCAUUUUUCUUCUUUAAUUCAAAAUUCUUAAAAAAAAAAUCCCAUCGCUGCUCUUUUGCUCGGUGGGGAAAAGCUUUUAAUUUCAGAGCUAAAAUUGUCGCCUCUCUUGGACAAUGUUUUCACACCCAGUUGCAGUUAUUUCAUUCGGCUUAAAAGGAUAAAUAGGGAGAGAAUAAUGAAACACACAAAACUGGAGAGAAGUUGUAUUGUGUAUUCGGAUUUGCUGAGUUUUCCGUAAUUUGCUAUUUGCAGUCAAACACUGCGAAUUUUAUUUUGGAGAAUUGAAAAGUGCCUCAGCCACAGAGUGACAGUGAGGUCUAAAUUCAGCUGAAUCUUAUGUCAUUUUAGGUCGCUAUAACAUUCAGUCAGGGGUGUGUAUUGAAUCAUGCAGAUUUACUGAAUUAAUUAUAAACCUGACAGUGAUGCCGAAAUGUGCUGUAGAUAUGUCAGCUGUAUAAAAUUUGACAAAGGAGGUAUUAGCCAAUGUGAGCCCUUUACUGACCUGUGUGCAAAUGUGAUAAUCUCACUUGGAUGGCUUCAGCUCAGUCAUCUCUUCAUCACAAAAGAGGAAAAAAAAGCUUAAUUCUAACAAAAAUCCUCUGACAAAUAGAACAUUAAAUGGUCUUUUGUUAGAAUUAUGUUACAGAUUUUGCCCUUUGUAGACCCCAAUUUGAGAUAUUAUGUUGAGCAGACACAUUUUGUAGGUGUAAAUUUCCUUUCAAGAGCGGUGUGUUGAGAAAAUGUGCCGUCCUAUUGACAACUUAGAUCAUGUUGAUGCAGAGCUGACAAAUGCCGCCGAUACAUGAGUGAUGAUGCGAGUCUGGGAUCCUGGCAUGUUGAUGAACAACUCUUUUUUUUCGUCCUCCCAGAAUUGAUAGUUUCAAAGCCAGUGCUUUGUUAUCGAUUCAUUAAUUGCUGGGGAUGAGGCAGAGUAUCUGCUAUCUCCAUGAAUAAAUGAUGUACAGCUGACCUGUGCAUUAGCGCCGCAAAGAAGUGAACAUUAAGGUUACAGUAGCUAGCCAAUGGCUCCACUGGGAGGUGUCCAGUAGCUUGGGCCAGCGUACACUGCAAGCCCACAUAUCAAGGUUGUUUAAAGUGUGAUAGGUUUUUGUUUUUCAUUGUUUACAGCGAGCUAAAUCAAGAGAAAGUAUUGAAAUUUGCUGAAAAUACUGAGGUUCUUUUUGAGUGAAGAGGAAGCUAACAGUAAAUAGCACCUCCACACAACCCUAGAGGGAUGCAACCUAGCAUCAUCAUUAUCUGCCAACCCUUCACUCUCUUUAAUAAUGAAUGUAUUCUAACAGCAGCAUUAAGGUUUAAACGCUUAACCAUGGAGUCUGCCAUGAGCUGUACAUCACUGCCUGUAAAGUGAGCUAAUUUACAGCGACAUAUUCAAGAGCUUACUUCUGUGGGAGGAAUGCUUUUCUUUCACUCUUUCUACUAUUAUUUUACCGUGCAUGUAUAAUACCAUAAGAGACGAAGAAUGCGGCAUCAGUACACGGUAUCCUCUUUUCUGUUCAUAAUAAGAAACGGUUUUUGGAGUUGCAGUGAAAAUCUAUUACUUUCUCGGCUAAAUUUUUCAACAACAUAACUGAAACAUGCCUCAAAGCAUGUAGGCAUUUAAACUGAAACCCGCUGGAGUUUUUCUUGUUGUGCAUCACCCGCUCGCUUUUCUUCAAGCAUGAGAAAGGGCAGUUAAGCAUGAAGUGACAUUUGGGAGAGCUGGGUUUGUGCAGCUCGGGCAUGUUAUGGUCCACAGUACCGCAGGCCAGCCCUGUGAAUGACUCUGAAUGCGUCUCAUUUCCUUAAAGGUUAUUCCUAAGCAAAAGCCGUAGUGCAGCCAUUUAUGGAGAUCUGAUAGAGUGAGAUUUUUGACAGAUUUUAAGCAUCAUUACAGUUGGCAGGUGGUUUAGUGACUCAUAAUUUUCCACCGGAGGUCUUAGUCAGAGACUCUGUGAAAGAAGAAGAGGAGGAGGAAGAAGAAAACGUUACUCGUUUCUGUGGGGAGAUAUGUGACUGCAGAAAUGACUGAAAUAAAUCAUGGAAAUAAAAAGUGAGCUGCAGUUUAAAGAAUCUCAAGUGGGGAGCUCUGUGUGGCAGUGUGUGAUAAUGUGUGUUUGUGUGCGUGUGUAAGUGUGGGAGUUGUGAUUAAAGCCUCCACCAGAUGGACCACAGCAGUCGCUCUGUGAGCAUGGAUGUACCCCGACCGGGAUCAAACGUAAAGCGGGCUGCCAUCCCCGCAGCCCCGAAGCCCACUGCUAAACCCCAUGAUCCAGUGACCCUCCACACGGCAGAAAGGCCAUGGCUACAUUUGCACACGCACUCACUUGGCUAAGACUAUAUGUGUCAGGAUAACAACAAAAAACACGUUUGUCAUCGUUGAAACCCCAAAUAGGACAAUAAGAUACCAUGACAUUUACCGCACAUAAAUGGCAAUUACCAGCAAGGCUAAACUUCCCCAUCAUUGUGUGAGCUGUUGGCCUGCUGAAAGUUGAAUGUCACCCCAAGCUGCGGACCACUCUGUUGUCCAAAUGGACACUAAUCCACCAGAGUCCUGUUGAGAAUACACUCUCAGUGCCAGAACACAUGCCAGACUCAACAGCCAAUGCAUAGCUAAGCCUCUCUGGGCACCUCAACAAACCUUCUCUCAUUUGUGUGAGGAUUCAGCCUCAAAGACCCAUCAUUAUCUGUUCUGUAAAAAAACAUCAAUGUGUUCGCUUCAAUAAAAGGCAGUGAAAUAAGGCCUUAGAUUAUUAUUUUUAAGACUUAAUUCCACAUAUUUUCCUCAUUUGUUUUCCGCUCUUGCUCUGGUAUACAUAUCAAUUAAUCCGAAUGUUGAAAAAGCAGCUUGAAUCGAACAUAAGUAUAUGAAAGACAAGCACGUUUCUGAAGAGUUAACAUAGCCACUGUGGGAGACUUUCUGCAGACAGAGACACAGCAUUCAGCUUGAGCUUUCAAACAACCCCCCUGUCACAUCUCUGCAGUCUGCAAAAGCUCCAGCCAUACCAAACAGCUUUGAGUAAAAAGUGGAAGAAUGUGGCUUUGACAAAUACAGCACAGCCUUGUUCUGGGAUCAGCAUGAAGAAUUCAUUUUUUUUAAUCAGAGGAGUUUCUAGGGAUGCAGACACAGGCAGGGGUUAAAUCAAGUGUGUAUUAUGGCCUUGACAGGGUGAUGAAAGCUUUGUUAAUUUUAACCAAAACAUUCAUAUUACCAUAGUGUAUAUUUACAUGUGUGUGCCUUUUAGGGGAACCACUUUGAAUGACAGGAUUUUAGAGUGACAGGUUCAUGUUUGAUUAAGUACGGUGCCAAUUUUUUGUUCAAUUAAAAUUAGACCGAUGAACUAAAGGCCUCGAGCUUUACCCAAUAAAAAAUAUCGCAUGUCAGUCUUGAUUCCAACAUGUUUUAACCCUUUUAGCGAGUUCAGAUGUCUCUAAUAAGCAUGAGUGAAUAUUCAUGAAUUUGAGUUUGUAGUCUGUUAAUUCAAAAAUUUGGCGCCUAACAUUAAAUAGCGUCUUUAAUCACAACUAUAGACGCAGAGUAAGAUAUUACUUCUGACCUGGGUGACAUGUUUUCAGGAUCAAUAUUCAGAUGACCUCGAUGUCAGGAGAAUGCUUGAUUUUGUUUGUAGCUGAAAUUGGGUGAAAUUAUCACUGUGAUUUGUGUUCGCUAAAUGCCUUUUAGUUGUUUUUUUAUGUCUGCGAUUUGAGAGUUACUUUCCCUUUUUUCUUCUCAUUUGCAUCUAUUUAGUAUUUCAGUGCCUGGCUGCGAACUCAACGGUCCUCUCCCAGGAUAAUUUAACAUCAUUUGCUCUCAGUGGUUUGAAUAAGGUGCUCCUCCUGCUUAAGGACACCAGCUUCCUUUUUUUUUUUUUGAGCAGUUUUCGUGGCAGCACUCCUCCAAACUACUUCUCUCCAUUACUAAAUUGUCAGUGCAUUAUGGCACAGAGCUGCCUGCUUUUGAAGAUAAAGAGGAGAUGUGAUUUGAUUGAAGAUGUAACAGCGACGCGGGUGCUCUGUGCGCCUCUGACCAUGAAAUUACCAAAAAUCAGUAUCCACAACGUUGGCACUAUUGAUCUGUGAAAAUAAAGCCCCUUGGUCUUAACGCUGAAAGCAAACAACAAAAGUCAGCUGAAUCCAAAGUGGCCAUUGUUGUGCAGAUACAGCCGCAUCGUGUUAAUAGCCGUCUGCUGUCUGGGGUUCAGUGAUGCGGAGUUUGUCACUGGGCAGGGAGAUGGGCGAGUUGAAGACUGUGAUUCUCAUUUGUUGAUUGUUACCGGCAGAGGGUGGACACCUGCCAGGAAAGAGGCGAUCAUCAGUCUGAGUAGCACAGCAAGAAGCUACUACUGCCAGAACUUCAAUAGAGCAACUAAAUCUAUCCUUCAAGGGCAAAUCAAAAAGAGCCUGAGUAAGCUGCUGCAUACUGAGAAGCAUGUUCUGGGCUAUUAAACGUAUUAGGCUGUUUUUACUGCAGAUGCUGCUGUGAUAUUUUGAAUUGAAAUCAACCGGGCCUGAUAAGUGUUGCAUUGUUCUCCUCAGCUCUGUUAUAAAACAGCGUUCAAUUACAGAGUUGUCGCAGUACAGCGUCAGAGGAAUAAUUCCGUUUGUUUACUGUCUUGUGUCCUUGCCUACUUUAAUUUGCGCUGAAGCUGCGCAGCAAAUGGAAAGACAAGUUUUCCUUCUCUAGUUGAUAAUCAAGGUACUAUCUUCCUGCUCUUUGAGGUAACACCUCUGCUAGCAUCUUCACUUCUUUGCCUUUAAAUAGAAGUCUUAUUAUGCAGAGUGAAACAUAUGGCAGGUGUUGAAACACUGCGUCUGACAGUUAACAAUACUCAAACCAAGAGCAACCUCAAUUAUCACUGUCUGCACACUGCAUAUUCAAAGCUGCUAUACUGCAGACACUUUAAUACGCCUGCUUUUUCACACUUGAUAUCAGAACAGUAUGUGAUAGAUGUUUGUUGUGUUUGAAAAUGCACCAUACCGCUCGUAUAUUGAGUCAUUCAAACUUUUGGAUCAGCAAAGGCAGCAUUUUAAUUUUUUUCAGGGCGUGGUGAAAGAAUAAAAAGAACCAGAAAGAGUAAGACAGAUAGAGGAAGUGACAACAUUAGCCUGUAGUUAAUCCAUUAAGGUCCAGGACUAGGAGUGGUUUAGGGUGGACAAGCAGGGCAGAACAGAGGGCAGGAGAAGUUCAUGACAAUUAGCUGGCUCUCUGCUUUCUGAGUUAGCAGGCUGGAGACACACACUCAAGCACACUUUAUUGUUUAGCCCUUAAACCUCCAUUUCCACAGCGGUCACAGCAUCAGAUUGUGACGCACAUCAUGAACAAAAACGGCGCCGUUCAUUCUGCAUUUUCGCUGAGAUAAACACUUGUGCAUGCACUUCGUUUGGGUUCAGUUGUGUGUGUUUGUGGAUGUGAGCCAGAGCCAAUCAGCAAGAUGGGGUUUCACAUUGCUGAUAGUAUGGCUGGCCCUCCUGGGCUAUGGCCACAAAAGCUUUUUAACUUUCAAAACUUUAGAGGAUGGAAGAAAUAUCAUUUAGCUCCUCAAAAAUUAUUUAGCAUCAGUCAUCAUCCAAAAUGCCAAAUAAUACAUCCAAUCAGUGCCAUGCACUUUUUGGUGCAAGGUCUGACUAAGUGGGAAUGUUAAUAAGAUGAAUAGACAUACACUUUUUUGCACACUAAGAUUAAUUUUAUUCAUAUUGCAUCUUACUGCAAGAUAAAUUCUAUAUAUGAUAUUACAGGAAGAGGAAAUUCUCAAGCUAAUAAGCUACGCUGUAAUACCUCUAACAUCCAAACAGUUAAGUACCUCAGCAUGCUGCCCUUGAUAGAAUAUCUCAACCACUCCCUCCAUCUGUCCAUGCGCAUUACUUUAAUGCACUGUGUGCACCUUUAACCAGGACAUGACAGCAGCGUGGUUCUAUCUUCAUAUGAUUCUGUACAUCAUCACCACACAAACAGACCAACCAUAAAGAAUACAAAUAAACAAUCUGCAGAACAUAGAUUGUGUUUAUAGCAAAUUUACUGAGUAGGGGCCGCUGCUUUCAUUGCUUUGUAAAACAAUGGUCCUGCAGAGCAAUUUAGAGAAAGGACAAGCAACUGUGAGAGACUAUUUUCACUUUCAAAUCAUUUUCUCAUUUAGAAGAAAAGGUUAUUUGGAUCAUAUUACAGAGGGCGAAAAACAACUUCAAAAUAUCAUCCUUUAUGAAAUAAGAAAAUGAUGACCCUCUUUUUUAGGCUGUUAGAUCUUGGCUGCACACAAAGACAAAACAGAGAGAUGUGAUUAGUGCUUAAGUCAUUUCCAUAAAUCUGACUUUCCAUUCCUUACAGCGGGGAAUUAAAAAGCAACAAUAAAAACAUGAUUGGGAAGAGAAUAUUAGAGGCAGUGAGGUGGAGAAUGGUUUUUCCGUGGUCCAACUGAAAGCCUUUAUUACAUUGAAAAGGUCAGAGCAGGAGGAUAAAGCAUGGACAGGAAACUGUGGAUUUGUUGCCUGUACUAUUCAGCUGCAGAUUUUGCUUCUUUCUGCUCUUUGGCUGACAAAGAUAUGAAGGGACAUAAAAGAAGAUAGACAAAGAUGCACUUCUAUUUUAAUCCAUUUUCUUUGUGUUUCACUCUACAUUACUUUGUCUCCCUCCGUUGUGUUAUAUUCAGUAUGAUCAGUACAAAUCUCCAGACUGUGUGUGCCAGCAAUCCUAUUCUAUCUGAAACAAUAGCAUGCUUGUUCAGCCUAUCUUUCUCUCUCUCUCAGGAUGUGUAUGUAACUGUGUGCACAUAUACUGCUUCAGCUUAAUUGAAGGCAUAGUGGUGAUUCCCAUUAGUAUGUCAGGCGCGUGGUUCCGCUAGGCUAGCUAGCUUGCUGUAGCUAACUAGACAUGUGGGGAGGUCAGAGGUGAAAUAGAGAGGCAAGGGAGUUUUAGUUCACUGCUUCCAUAUUUUUCUUUCUUUCUAUUUUUUCCUUUUAUACCAUGGCAUUUCUUUGGAGUAUUCAAUCAGGCGUGUGUAGUUACUUGAAUGUGUGGUUGAGAUUCCCACUUGUAUUUAUAUACCAGCAUACUGCAAAGGUUAUGUGUAUAGAUACAUGAAGUGUGAUCUAUACUGUUCAUGCUGCAGUUCUGCAGUGGCUCACGUAUGCUGUGGCUGUCAGUGAGUCACAGGAAACAUUUCAUAUCAGUAUAUAGCUUGUAAAAUGCUUUACUUAAAGGUUAAAGAUAGUAUCAGCUUGCUGCCAUGCCCAACCACUGUAAGCUGCAUGGACUGGUUUUAAAUAUUUCACAAAAUUUAGCCUGCCUUUGGAGCUGAGAGCAAAUGAUCACUUGUGAUGUAUGCAAAGGGCAGGUGACAUCUCACAGUUGUUUUGUAAGUUGGUUCAUUGUCUGGCUAUAUGCAGACAUUUCCAGUGUAAGAGAGACAGCUGAAUGUGUAAAUAUACAGUAAAAGAUGGUUUACUAUGUAAUGAAUUCUGGACUGUCUGUAGCCCUUAUCAUACACACCUCUAUAUUUUUAACAGUGUUUAAUCAGAAAGAGUAUAUUUUGGGGAAUUUUUGUGGGUGAAUUUUGCGUGUACAAGUGUGUUGGUAUAAAUGUAUAGUUUUACAUUUACACCCCUGCCCGCCAGGUGACUGUGUUUAAGGAAGCAAGAGCUCCCUCUUCUUGUCUGACAGAGAUAGGGUCCAGUCUGGCAACAAUCAACCUGAGGCAAGGUUUGCUGCUGGGAACAAAGUGUUUUCUUUUAAGAUACAGGAUAAUGAUUGAUGGUAGUUUAAGAAAAAGUUUUCAGACAAAUCUCAAAAAGAAAACAAGGUAAAACAAAAGUCUUAAACACUGCUACUUAUGAUGCAUACAUAGAAAAGUGACAGCUUUAAAGAAACUGUGACAUGAGGACCUAUGAGGCAUCAACCUCAGUAUAGUUUUGUCUUUAAUGUGGGAAAAAAACUACCUAGGAUGGCUACUGUCUUUUUCUAGCAUAGGGAAAAGAGACCACACACUAUCAACAAGGCGUCUACAGUGAGACUCUACAACAACAAAACCUGCUUCUUAUGGAAGCUUAAUGACAAAUGAAGUAAACCAUGGCGGAAAGACUCCACGCGUACAAGUUAAGGCGUGGGCUGGAGGUAUAAUUAUCAGUAUUCAGGUGUGGAAUUAUGUGCCUUCGCGAGUAUAGAUACCUGUACUCCUUAAGCAUCUGCCUCCCCGUAUGAUACUUCCCUACCCCCUUCGUCUUGGACCACACAAACCACCCUCCUCCUCCUCCUCCUCUCGCAUCCGUGAGCGCGCCGCCCCGUCGGUACCUCCUUAACCAAUAGGGGACCCCGUACGAGCUGCGCGGACAUUCCGUAAACAGAUUGUUGGGGCAAAUGAAAAGAGGAGUUUUUUUAUGAACCUGUGAGUGGACUCCCGUUUCCUUUUGGUCGUUGUUUUUAAUUUCGCCUCGGUUUUCAGACGGACAAUUGAGUGUUUCUCCUCUCGAGCGAGACAGAGCUGCAUGCAGGUCCUCCACACCCACGGGUUCGUUCAGUUUCGUUUUUGGCUCCGCUACACUCACUACAGCACACAACGACCGUUCAUUCAUCCUCCCGCUGCCUGCACGCGGCCGCUACUCCAUCCGACUCUCGCGCUCACUUCACCGACUUUCUGUAGUUUGUCUGUCGGGACUCUUACCGUCUGUUAUCGUAGCCUGACACAAGAAUGGUCAUGGUGAGUAGAUAUCGAUGAGGUGUGGGUUUUCUAUUGUAUGUUUGUGCCUAUAUCUCUCUUUUCCUCCAUUAUUUACUGUUAUGUUAAAGCGUAGGCCUAGGUUGAGAGAAGUAUGUUUUGCUAACGCCGCUUAUCCUUUGAUGUGUGCGCUAAGACUUUAACAUAUCCUGUUAAUUGGUUGCACCUGUAUGAGCAGGUGCGUGCAUCCAAUUGAGUGUUGCGUUGCAAUUGAGCCAGUAAUAGACAAGUUAUAUGUCUAUUUUUUAAAUUAUAUUUCUGAAUAUAUGUUAUAUGUGUCAAGCAAAAUAACCUAAAUUUCUCCUGUAGGAUCCUAAUAAAUGUUAUGUAAGGUAACAGCUGAAAUCCUCCCUGUAGGCAUGUGUCUAUGUAUGGAUGCGUAAAAGUGUGUGUGCGUUGUAGGUUGUAAGGGAAACAGACAGGGACUACGAGAGAAUGAGACUGUAUACACAGUCAUGUAAAUGUAGAGAGGAUUUUAACAUGCACCCAGUAAUAGCUAAUUUAUAUACACAGUGCUGCGCAGGCAUCCUAUUACCAUAGUGCCUGAGGCUGCAAUCACUCUCCUCGAGCUGUGCUACGCGCUGCUCUGCCCGGCUCACUCAAGCACAGACCUCAGCAGCGAUUGAUUGCUUUGCUGGGAUUCAGAAAGCCUUUUCUCUGCCAAACCGGGCUGAGGCUGGCGUGUGCCGAGGAGGGCUCAGAGCCAGCAAGAGAGCGAAGGUGUUAAAGCUAAGGCAGGGGGAGGUGAGGCUGGGGGCUGACAGGCACGCCAAGAAGCCAAUCACAGACUCCAAAAGAAAGGUGAGGGGGGGAGUAGGCGGGAUCUGACCUUCCAGUUGAGCAGGGGACUGGGCGGGUGGCUGUGGAGAGGAGGGAGGGGAGGGGAGGGAGGCUUGCUGCAGCCCAGCACUCUCUCAUCCACGCUCACCAUUCUCCUCUCAGCAUCUGUGGAAGAAGGCGAUGCUCGCUCCGUAUGCCUGUAGUAUGCUGCUCCCUGCAUGCCUCUAAGACUCAGGCAGAAACAGGAAGAGAGGCAGAGAGGAGGAAAAUAAGGAGACAGUGUGAGACAGGAAGAGAGUAAGAGAUUUUCUUUGCUGAGGCUUUGCUGUAGCUGUUGUGUGAGGAUAGAGAGAGCGUGAGACAACGGCUGGCGUCUCCCAAAUGGAGUGGAAUGGGUUUAAGAUGGUAAGAGAAACAGCCUUCACUUUACUCCACUCUUCAUUUUUAACCAUCAUUUCAUUUCCGAGCAUCUCCCAGUGACUGUAGUGGCUUGUAAUUGUAGAGAUACUACUACCUAGCGAUAGUGUGUUUUAUAUUCUUAAAGCACAGGCAAUGCAGUGGUAGUAUUGAACUAUUUGUCUGGCACAAUGCGAAGUUUCUCCACACAGGGAAGCGGGGUAAGCAGGGGGUUACAGUAGACUAGCGAGGAUUGUGGGCAGGAUUAUAAAUGGGAGGGAGCAAGAUAUCAUGGUAGUAGUAGAGGUGUAGAGGUAGGCGUAGAGGUAAGCAAAGAUGGGAAAGAGGACCUUAGGGAAGGAAGGGUUAAAUCAGGGAACAGCACCCAUUUUAUGUUGAAGUCAGGGCUGUAGGUGUCCCCCCCUUUUCCCUGCCUUUGCACCAGUCUGAAAUAUUUACCUGCGUAUAGUACUGCAGCAGAGAUGUAAAUCACAUUGUCCAUGCUGAAUGCAGGAUGGAAAAAAAGGGAUUUUGUUGGUUUAUAUAUUAAUAUGCAAAGCAGUCCUUGUUAAUUAUAUGUGUAGACAUGUUAUCCAUCAUGCUGCUUGUGUACACACAGUGAGUUUGUGUUGCCCAUGUGUUGUGCCAGAGCUGGGGAAAGAUGGAGGAGGUGUGUUGGACAUACUUGCAUGAUUGGAUUGCGAUAGAUCUGAUGCAUUCUCUAAGUUAAAAUCCAUUUCAUUUUUGGUGCGUGUGUGUGAAUAUGCUUGUGUUUCUUAAUUGUAAUUUUGCAGUGUAAAGCAUCAUCCGCAUGCACAGUCAUUAUGAGCUAUCCAAGUCUUCUGCUUUGCUCAACUUCCUGAGACUCGCUUUAAUUCUGCAUUCAUUCAUUACAUUGAAGCGUCAGAGCUGGGGGUUAACUAGCAUAACUGGCGGCCAUAUUUCUUCCUCCUCCAUCUUCACCUGUCAUAUAGGGCCGAGUUUUAUUUCAUUGCAGAUACUGCGUCACCAUCCUGACAACAGAGUCAAUACCAUUAUUUUGCAUUCUGGGGGCAUCAAUCUGCUUUCAAAAUGGUUCUGUCACAGUCCCCCAAGUGGACUGACUCACUUUCAUUUUGCAUGAAGAACACUGCAAGCAUUAUUCAUUUGGUGGCAAGCAAAUGUUUGAUUGUUUGCGUGUUGGCUUCCAUCCACUGGACGCUAUCAAAAUGCUAAUUGAAUCAAAGGCGGCUCCCCUGAUUGGCGACAAUUGCCGGAGUGCUGUUUAGCUGGACUUUCCCAGCUAGCAUUUCAGUGUGUGUAAAAAAUAAAAGAUGAGGAUAUUAGUAAGUACACAUUCACACAAAGAAAGAGUGUGUAUCGUUUGCAUGGGGGGUAGUUUUAUGGAGAAAAGAGGGUGAAGGAGCUGUGCAUGAAAGAGAAGGAAGAGCGGCGUAGGGAGGGGAAAAGUGGGAUGUUAAUCAGUAUUGGUGGUAUUAGAUAUGAGUGUGUGCACCAUGAAGCCUCCUGAUGGGAACCAGUGGGGCACCUCAGCUAGAGACAGGCCAUGAUUUCACACACAGACACACAUUCACACGCACAAUGAUAGACACAAACAUACAGUGGCUGUAUUACCCUCAGGCAGAACACCACAAGCUCCAAGGUUACACAUCAAUGCUAAUAGGGUAGAGUUGUGUGAGGAAUUUGUUAUCCACAGCGCACCAGGCGAGUGUGUGCUCAGGGAUUUUAAUGUAAGUGAAGAUCAGAGAAACAUAUGAUGAGGAAUGGAUGCUUGGGCAGGUUAGGCCUUGAGUUGAGUUAAAAGUGUUUAAACACAAAGUGAAAAUGAUGGGAAAAAAAGCUCACAAAAGCAAAAGUAAAAGGACAGUAGAGAUACACAAGCAGCUUAUGAAGUGAUAGCUUGUGCUGUCUUUUGUACGUCUGUGUUAUCGGCUGUGUCUGUUCGAGUGUGUACAUUAAGGGGCCGACUGACGUGUGUCCAGAUGAAGAGUGACAUGUUUAAAUAGAGCCUGAUUAAAUCCAAAGCAAAGAGAAAAAGAGAGAGAGAGAGAGAGAGAGAGAGAGAACUGAAACUAUUACCUUUGUGUGUGUGUGUGUGUGCGCGCACAAGAAAUGAUGUCUAUAGUUGCCUGUGGAUAGGAGUGCCACAUUAUAUUUACUACAGACAGAGUUACAUCUUGAAUCAUUUUUGCAAUAUGCAAGUAGAAAAGUAGAAAGAUUGUAAAGAUAUUUCCUAAUUUUUGAAAAACAAAAAUAAAUCAAAACUAAAAUGAUGUAAAAUCUCAAAGUGAAGUAGGUUUUUCUGCUCCCUUUUUAACGUACUCCUAACUAAAACAAAUGUGGAUGCCUUUGAACAGAAUAUGUUAAAAAAAAUCAAAUCCUUUAUUGAUCAUUUGCAGCCUCUUGCCAUAAACUAUUCACUUACAGACUGAGACAGACCACCCAGACUAGAGCUCUGUUGAGAGAAAAUCUGAACAUCCUGUUUUGACUUCCUUUAAGUUUUCUCUCCUGGGCUGACUGUGCUUGUUUGCUGGUAAAGCAGUUUUUCAUAUGGGGCAUGCAUGGCUAAUUUGAUAGUUUGUGAUUGUUUAACUCAGCAGCAGAAAUGUCCUUUUUGGGUGGACAUAGUGGGUGUAUGUGGUGAGCUUUCUGCUUGUGGCUCUUUUGGAAUAUUUUAUUACGUAGUGUUGUGACUUUUUAAAAUCUAAACUCACAUGAAAGACCACCAAUAGUGGGAACAAGAUGCAAAUAGCAGCUAAGUAGGGGGCUUUAGUAUCCUUACUUUGUAGGCAUAGACAUGUUUAAUUUGUUUUUCACACUCAGAGGUUGCCCUGUAGUUUUCACAUCCACUCUAAUUAGCUACAGAGCAAUGAAAUGUCAGACCGUCACACUGAGAGUUUGUGUUCAUGUAAUCCUAAUACAGUUCAUGCAUGUAGUUAAUUAAUAUGGAUGUGGAUAAACAUACAUUAGAUAGCUGCUGUUUGUGUGUGUGUCUAUGUUUGUAUUAUAUAAAUGUUUUAAAUGUUUGGUAAAUGGUCAGCUGCAGUCAGGUGCAAAAACAAAACAGAUCAUUUGGAGGAAGGGUUGUAAUUACAUGUUUACAAUAUUAACUUUGACCCAACAUUGCAAUUAGUCAUGGCUCUUUAUCAUAGAAGUAAUGAUAGUGUGUUUGCAUGGAUUGGAGUCAAAAACAUUAAAUCUCAUAACAGAUGAGUGGAUGAAUGUCUUAGAGGACAACAGGAACUCCUGAACUAUGAAAAAAAAGUGUUUGUUUUUUUUAAACUCAAAAAAGUAUGAUACUUUGCAUGUUAAAUAAAUUCCCUCAAACUUGAAGGUCUUUGGUUCCUCAAUCCAAAUAUAGGAGGGCAAAUCUGAUCCUUGCUAAUACAAUGUGUAUGGUUUAUUCUUUAUAAGUGUUAGCGCUGCAAAAAUACAUCAAGUUAUUACUAUUAAGACAAAAUGUUAUUCUAUGGCAAGAAUGAUUCACUGCAUUGCUACAUGAUAAAAACAUACUUCUCAAGUGAAACUAACUUGGUCGGUAAAAAAAUAAAGUAGCUAUUACCAAGUAACGGUUAAAUGUUUGUGUGUUUUGACCCCACUAUGAUACAGCAGUAGGGAGAGAGUCAUACUGUGGACCUGUUACUGAUGUUCUGAAUUUGCCUCUGGCGUAUUUUUGUCAGUAUAGUACGCAGUCAGUAUUUUGGUGGUACAGUGUCUAUACAAAUAUUGUAAAAUAUUUCAUUGCCUUUAGAUGUCUCUUCCACUUUCCCUUAAACAAAAGCUGGAUGGAAGCAGUUAAUGAGCCAAAAGCCUGUUUGAAUAAGAAGCCGCUGUAACAAUCUCUGUCCCAAUUAGCACGCUUUGGUUUUUAAAUAUUCCUUUUGUGUGAAGCCUAAACACACAUGAAGACUCACAAAACGGUCACGUUGAAAAUUUAAUAGGCUUCCACAGCGAUUUCCUUCAUUUAUUUAAAAUGUUUUAUUCCCCUUCUCUUUUUUAAAAAGCUAGAAAUCUGAGAGGCAUGGCAAGGCAUUCUGCUGUGAGGGGAGCAGCAUUCACAAAUACUAGACCUAAUUCCUUUGGCAGCAGCUCAAACUGCUACAGACAGACACAUAAUCAGCUGGGGAGUGUUAGCGCCUCAGCCCACUAGCAAACACAGGACCGAGCCCUUGUUGUGCAUCACUGCUUUUCAGAAUAAAUAUCCCGAUGGAAAAUACAGUGGGAGGAGAGAGGUAUUCAUGUGUAUAUAGCUCUUUGUUCACUCAAAGCUACAGAAGGAGAGACGAACACUGGCUUUCUUAGCUACUUUACCGCUCAUCCUUUCUCGAUCCUCUCUCUCUCCCUCUCUCUCCCUUCUUUCCUUCCACCCUCUCUCAUCCUCCACUGUACCCUGUGUGUUUUGGUAUUUCAUACAGAUGUUUGGAUUUGAGUGGCAGUUUCUCCUGAGACUGUGCACAAGCGGCUGACUCGUCUCAUCUGCAUUUUGCAUCCUAGGAAAAAAGGGGAACAGAAAGCAGCAGAAAGCAUCAGCAGGCAGACAGGCCGGGUGUGAGAGAGUGUGCGUGUAUGUGUGUGUGUAUAUGAAAGAGCAUGUAUGUGCAUGUUCCCUGUUGUUUGGCUUCGGCAAGCUUAACUGGCCCCUCUGCUGUUGCUUUGUGAUGUUUAAAGGACGUUCCAAGGUCACGCUUUCGACAGGCCUCAUCGCCUCUGACAUAUUAAACAUUUAUACAUUUCUGUAGCCAGAUGAAUUAUAGAUCGAACAUGCAACUGAACAUGCUACAAAAUGGCACCAUUGUGGUUGGUAAUAGACACAUUAAAGCCUACAAACACACUACAGCCUCCAGCCUGCCUUUUCUUGUCAUUUGCAACUCUAGCGCAGGGGUGUAAAAGGCUGAUGCUGCUCUUUGCGAUACACCAGGACACAGGCAAAUACCACAGAAACAGGAGAGGGGAUAUGAAAUGUCCAUCUGCAAGUCGGUUGUGGUUAGUGACCCUGAAAGCUGACAGACUCCAUCUAAAAGGAAAAGCUAUCUCCUUGUAAAUUAUGACAGUUAAUGCAGGAAAUAGAGGAAUUAUACCUAAACAUUUUUUUCAAUGAAAAAUCAAUGACACUCAUACAGUAAAUAAAUAAAAUUUUAUUGAUUAGUUUGAACAUUUGCUUACAGAAAGCCCGAGAAAUUUUGCUGACUAUCGAAGAACAACUUAAUGUUGUGUUUUAAAAUCAGUCUGUUGUUCCAGGCAGAGGAACCAAAAACCUAAAAGCUUUCUCCCAACUCAGUUUAAACUUUAGAAAUAACAAACUGAACUGUGUCCACCGGAGGAAUGUAGUCAAUCAUUUGUCCUGAAUGGCUCUCAGGACAUAUCAGUGCCUGAACUGAUCAGUUAUGGCGGCAAGUCCAUAAAUCAUUCACCCCCUGAAGAUCAUCUGGUUUUAGGUGAAUUAAGGUUAAGGUUAGUGCACUGAUCAUAUGUUUACGUUUUUAAAUACGGUGUCUGCCUGUACUGUUGACUUAGUAUCAGAAUGAGUAGCUUGAAGGAAAAGCUGGUAUCAGAAAAUCUCUGGUUGGUCGAAGUUCUGAUUUUUCUGUUUGAUGUAGCACAUGUAAGACCAGAAAUAGAAAUAAGCUAGCCUCAGCUGCAGUUAUUAGGCUACAGUCUGAGAUAGUUAUUCUGAUAAAGGAGGUGUUUGUCCCAACAGCAAUAUGAAUCCUCUCUGCCAAUACACGGUCCCUUUGAAUCUUCAGAGCUGCAGUCCUUCCUACAUAGCAAAACUAGAUGGAUUUGGAGGGACCGUGAUAUCGGAUGCUUAUCAAGACUGAUAAAUGUCAGCAGCAGGCAUAAAGCACACCUGUCAGGUUGGUAUUGGGAGGUAAAGCGAGGAAAAUGUCCGAGAGAGAAAAGAAAAGAAGUGAGAAAAAUAGGAGUGGUGAGGAGAUAAAUGUGUGCUAUCUCACAGCUGUGCGGCUCUUCAGCACUCGCUGUCAGAAUAAACGCAAUUGCAGAAUUUUCUAUGGCAAUCAGCCACCGCCUUUCUAUACGUCACCUCCCCGGCACAUGCAGAGAUAGUCUCCUGUGGGCAUUUUCAAUUACUCAGUACUGUACAGCAGUAGGGGGGAUUAAUCUGCUCGUUUGAACGCACGCCACACUUAAUGGUUUAGCUGGUGUGCUGUGGGCCUCGGCUGUUAACCAUUGCUGGUAAAGAUUCAGGCUUUUGUCGCUCCCCCUCUCUCUACUGCAGCAGGAGCUAUUCUCAAUUCACCACUCUCACAUGGAGAUGCACUAAGAUGAGAUUUUCACAGAUCCUCAAGUCAAACUCAAAGUUAAUUGUGUAAUCACUAGUACAAAGCAACUUUACAGCACAGGUAAAGCUUUUUUCAGUUAUAACACCUUUAAAAAGGAGAUGUUUUCAGGCAACAUGGCUGAGUAUUCAAAUGCCACCAGGCUCGUAUCUGUAUCAGGUGUGUGUGUUGUAUGAAAAGAGGAUUGAAGUAAUUGGAUAAUUCAUAAUGUCACUCAGCAGAUAAAGAGGGUUGCCAAGAGAUUUGCCCGACAAUAAAAACAUUUUAGCUUAGCCGUCUGUCGGAGAUGUAGUAACCUCCUCGACAUGUAGCUUCCAGUUAUUCAUUGCCUCCAUCAAACUGUUUACUCAUUAAGACAGAUGACGGACGGCUGUCCUUUCCCCUCACAGCUAUUUGAUUAUAUGAGCUCCAGUCCAGAGCAGAAUCAAUAACCAGAUUAGUCGGGCACAAACACACACACACACACACACACACACACACACACACACACACACACACAAAAGCACAAACACACGUGUAAUCAGCCACACCCUCACAAAGAACCCAAGGCUGUGGAAUGAAUUCUCAAGUACAACGGUUCGGUUAGUGUCUAUGUGAUUUAGCUCUCUUUGCUGCAAGGCAGACACACUCACUCACUCACUCACACACUCUCUUACACACACAGAGAAACACACAUAUACGAGCAGGCUGUGUCUGAGAUGCAGCUGAUGGGGGAAACAGUGAUUAGAUUAGGAAGUGCUCUGGCUCUGCUUCUCCUCUCUGCCUUGUUCUCGGUGUAAGUGCUGUGCUGUAGAUUUUUCGUUCUUAUCAUUUUCCUUCAGGCUGUUUAGAGCUUUUUAAAUACCUGUUCAACAAAGCCAAUAUUACCACUUCCUGCCUCAAACCAGUUUUAAUUAGAACUUCUAUGAAUUAUACUGAAAAAAAAAGUUCAGUCAGAGGAGUUUACAGGUUUCUUAUUUUGUUGCUCAAGGAAAAAUAUUCUUAGAGACCACUUUGGGGGAAGUUCUCUCAGCUAAUUAAGUUUUUUUUUUAAUCCACAUAACACAUAUACUUCUAGGUUUGUGUAAGCAAGGAAUAUACAGUUGUUUUCUGGUGGGUUGAAAUAGCAUAGCACUGCUGACUUGCCUUUUCCCUGACCCGAUACAUGCAGGUGGGCACAGUUACAGCAGUCACAGAGAUACGAAUCUGUGUGUGUUUGUGCAUGUUUUUAUAUGUUUGUUUAUGUACUUGCCAGUGGGUUUGAGUGUAUUUCGCUAAAGAUAGGAGACAGCCUAGCUAAAAUGGCUGGUUGCCUGCACAGGUGCGCGGCUGCUUUUACCUGCCAGCUACUUGUGGAGGUGGUGUCCUCACUUCAUGACACAUGGUGCUGACUCAGAUGGAUCAGCCUGCCUGCUUUCCCUGCUUCACUGUCUGUCCUGUGUCCUCUAUCCUCCGCCCCGGCCCAGCUAAAAGAAACUCAAGCCUGACAUAGAAAUGGGCACACGCUGUCACCCUGAAGUACAAUCCAGAGUAUUGCAGGUGUUGUUGAAAUGUCACUUACACAAAUAUGUAUUUAUAGAACAGUGACAGUGAGUAGGGUUUACAUAAAGUCAUAGGAAGUGCGAUUUUUGUGUUGUAAAAGAGGGAGAAUGAAAGGGAAAAUGGAAGAGGGAGGAUAACCCUUGUAUGUCAUUUUAAAUGACAGGCCUCAUGUAGCCUGAUGCUGUCUCUCCAGCUAGUUUUUUACCCCCUUUCCCUUCCUCACAAUGCGUCUUUUGUGCUACCAUCCAAAGAAACAGGGUUAAUUCUUACCGAAUAAGCCCUACAUACUAGAUAGAUAUCAUCUCCACUAAAACCUUUAACCACAUUAAUGACAUUUAAUUAAGCAGAGAAUCCCAUGUAGGGGAUGAGACGGUGAUUUAGCCUCUUUAAUCCAGCAAAAUGUCUUGCUGAGGGCUUCGACAGUGAUCAGUCCCAUCCGUCACACCAAGGGAUUGCAGCAGGACAGACAGCGAUGCACAGCAGAGACUUGAACUGAGCUGGAGACAGGGAUGUUAGCAGCCACUACAGGAACAAAGACUGGCAAGGGUGUUGAUUGGGAUUUGAUGCUGUUCAAAGGGAGACUGCUGUUAGGAUGAUGAUGGUGCUGCUUAGAGUUUCAGCGGAGGACUGGAUAUAGAAAUAGGGGUCAGGGGCAUCAAUAGAGGGAUGGUCGCUGGCACUGGAGUGAAACUAGGGGAGCUGUGAUGAGGACCUUAGAGGCAAGGCUAGGUUUAGGGCUGGGGGACAGGGAGUUUGGGCUGACAGGCAAGGCCAGACCUUCACUUCCAAGGCUUAGUCCCCGCGCUGCAGGCUUCAGCCAAAACAGCCAGGCAGGUGUCCAGCUGAUCUCACACCCCCACAAGGGAGGAACUGCAGAGCACCAGUCAGUGGAGCUGCACAAAUUGAAGUGUCAUCUCCAGAGUCAAGAUGCUCACCAAUUUUCUGCAUGUGUUGGUGCAGAGUUGGGAUUCAGCCAGUGGACAAAUGGCUUCAGUUCCACCUACAGUUUGGCUGAGCAAAAGGAGACUGUGGUAUGUGUGUGUGUGUGUAAUUUGUCAUUUUCUGUGUAUGUUUAAGAGAGAAUGCGGCUGCAUGUAAAGAGUGUUGCAGGUGUUUUGUCUUUUGACUGCCGACAAAGCAGCCUGAAAUAGUUCUUAGGAAAAGUUUUUGGAUGGAUAUAAUGAAGCCGAGUAUAUACUUCAGUGGUGAACAUUUAAUGCAAACAUAGCAAAUUCUUGUUAUACUUGACUUUUCAGCAUUCAGAGAUAAGUGACACUGAAGAAUACUUAAGAUAUAAAACCAGAACGAUUGUCGAAUAAUCUUAAAGUUCUCUUUGAAUUAGAAUUUUGAGCGUAUUGUUUCUAUCCUGUCUGUAAUAGCCCCCUGGGAAUAGGCUGUUUUCUGUCAUCUCCUGACCUUUGACCUUACACAAAUGUGUGUAGAUUACCCAGGGGCUGUGAGAGAGUGUGUGGGAAAAACUGCAUCGAUCUCCCUGAAAGACUGAAACAUCACAAAGGAGAAAGAAGAGAGGGGGAGUGAAGUCAAGCCAAAGUUAAAUGAAAAAUUGCUUACGUACACGUCUUGCACAGUCUGGAACAUUUAUUAUUCCGAGUCACACAGAGAGAAAAGAAGUGGAGGAAGAUAGAAGAAGAGAAGAAUCCAUUUGGUAAAGUAGAUGCAGAUCGAUGAGACUGGAGGCAGGCAGACCAGAGUGCAACAGAGGAAGGGUGUGUGUCAGCGAGGAUCUGUGAUGUGUUGUAUUGUGUGUCUGUGCAUGCCCGUGUGUGCAUAAGGCGUCCCAGAUUACUUUCCGUGAUUGAUCCAGCCCAGCAUCCGCCUGACCUGCAGGACGUUUGAGAGCUUCGGAAGAUGCUGGUGAAGGUGGAGUGAUGGCGAAAAGAAGACAGCCAGGAAGAAAGGGAGCAGAGAGAAAAAAUAAAAAAUCAAUAGCACAGAGAGCAUUACAGGGAACUAUACCGCCGAAGACAUAGAGAUAGUAAAGUCGAAUUAAUCUCUUUGUGUCUCAGCCGGUUUGAUAGGAACUCCAAUUCAGUAUCACAAACUACAAUUCAGUAUCACUCUAGGGUACUAAGAAGGAGUGCCAGCGAGAGUCGAGCAGCAUCAUUUGUGGCUGGUUUACGGUCGUAAGAAAGGAACAAACAAGCACAAAUUUUCUGUGAAUUUUUGUGUUCUCAUAAUAAAUUAGUCAUCAUAUGUUCCAUUCUUACAAAGCCAAACAAUGAGAAAUAAAUAAACAAGAUUCAUAUGGCAUAAGGAAAUAAAUUAUAUCGGAAGCAAGAUGGUAAGGCAAAGUCUAGCAAGUCAGAUGGUUGCAUGCUGGCUCCAUUUUGUAGCUGCCAGGCAGCGUGUCUAUCAGCCGAGAGAUCCUGCUGCAUACUGUCUACUCCGCAGUCUCAACAGCUUCCAUCUAUCCUGGCCAAGUCAGGCUAAAUUGAUUGUCUAAGCUCUGAAAAAAAAAAGGGGGAGGGAAGCUUGCACCAGGCCAGCAAAUAUACAGCGGUGGUUUCAGGGUGCAGAAGCAUCAGAGAAGUGACAAAGGUUAAAACAAAAAAAAAAGAAAGAAAAGAAAGUGAGACACAGAAUCAAAUUUUCGAUCAUGUGAUAUCUUUGUGAGUAUGGAAAUCAUACACACAAACAUUGAUUCAUACACAGUAGACAUAGAAGUAAGUUGUCUCGGGUAUAUUUGGGCUGUUAGACAAGAACAAAUGUUUUCUCCCCUUUCUUGCUGAAGGAGGAUAAGGCUUGUUGUAUUUGACUGCAGACACCGCUGGCCGGGUGCCUGAGGAGACAGGAAGCACUUCUGUGGCAUCAAAUAUUAAUGGCAUUAUAGAGUGUAUUGAUUAUAUAAUAAGUUUUCCUAGCAUCCGAGCACCAACUGAAAUGUAUUCCCUGAAUAAUUGAAAAUGUAUCCAUGAGCGGUUUCUCAUCUCAGUGGUUGCUGAAUGUAAUUGCAUUGCACCCUCAUUCCAGUGUUACUCGAGAUUUUAUCAGCAGACUCACAUGUGUGUGUUCAUGUGAUAAAGCAAGGGCAGCAAAAACUCUGUAGUCGUGUGUGUGUGUGCGUGCGUGCGUGUGUGUGUGUAUUUGUCAUGCCUUAGACUGUUUAUUUUAUUGAAUGGUUGAGCAUUGAAUAUUGAGCACUUAGUAGUGGUUCAAAAAUGGGGUUGCAGAGACUUAAACACACUUCUGAGAAAUGUGACAUUCCUUUUUUGCCAAAACCAUGCUCCCCCGCUCUUAAUGUUGGCUGUCAAAAUGGAGAAUCAUACACAUCUGCUUGCUGCUUCUUACAUUUUAUCACCACAUUUGUACAUACUACAAUAACACUGCACUGUCUGCUUGCCGCGACGCACCAUUCCCCUCCGCACUGAUGGUGUUUACAAUGACAGCUUUGCAGAAUGGGUGGAAAGUGCUAUUGAUGUUUCAGCUCCUCCUAACAUUUUCCUUUUUUCAGGGUAGCUUUUCAACUUUAUAAUUUAUAGCUGGAUAUUGUCUUGUGCCCUCUGAAUGAAAAUAGUCUACUGUUCCUGUGAUGGCUGCAAGCUGUAGUUUAUACGGCCUUUUUUAUCUAGGGUCUUUUUCGCUGUUAUAAAUGAGGUACAAUGUACUAGGGAUGUAACGGUACCUUCACAAGACAGUUUAAAAUCUGCACUUUUAAUUGGUGAGACAAAAAGAGAAUGGCAGUACCAUUUUUAUACAGCAGAGGGUGCUAUCUGCAGUGGACUUCACCUGUAAGAUGUCACAGCAUCUCUUACAUCUGCAGCUUAAUAGAGGUGUUCAACAUGGCAGAAGAGAUGGAAGAUUUUGAAGUUGAGGAUACAACAUCAAUCCCCCUCACAAAGGGGAUGAUAUUUACUAUUUUAACUCAGUUUUUGUAAUGCCAAAAUUGCCAUCAGCUUUGAACUAGCUUACAUUAGAAGAUAAUCUCCCUCUCUACUCCUUGUGUACGUGUCCAGAGUAGAAUCUCCCCACCUGCUCUGCGAGUAACUAGAGGAGUAAGGUUAGAGAAAAAAAGAUGGAACUGUCAAUUUUAUGACAACCAAAGAGCCUGUGCUUAAAACAUGCUAAUAUGUCAAACAUCGUUUCUGCCUUUGACUGUUGUUUUAGCUGUCUCCAUUCACCCCUGUAAUGUUAUGACCUAGUCCAGUUAGCUUUUGCACCCUCUGAAAAUUAAAGCAUUUAUUUCUUUCAAAACAGAAAUUGAGUAAAAAGCAGUGAGACGGAAUACCACAGCAGACCAGCAAAAUAAGGCAUCACAAUGAACAGUUUUGUGCUGCAUCUUAAAUUACAGCAAGUUGAGUGUAUCGUUACAUCCCUACAUAUACUGGCUUUUACAUAAGGUUUACUUGUCAGCUGAAAUCCUAAGAAAUUUAGCUCAUGCAGAUUUGGAAUUGGACAUUUUCAACAAAUGGAUUAAAAAUAUACAGAAAAAUAUUGUCAUAUCGGUGCUAAAACCAUUAAUCCACAGAUACCCUUUAGCCCUCACCAGACAGACUAAAGCAAAGGAACAAAGGUGGCUCGACUUGCUCUUUCUUUAUGAAUAUGUUUAAAAUAUCUCAAUAUCUUUCAUACCUGUCAGCCAGCAGAAACAAUAUUCCUUGUCCUCUUUUCUACCCUGACCUCUCUGCCCUUCUGUAUCUUCUUUUUCCCUUUCAAGCUGACAGUUCACGCUCAUUUAGACCUCCAUUAUGCAUUCCUGCCUAAGUUUACAAGACACAUUGACAACAGAACAUGUACAGACUCUCUCUUUCUCUCCUCCCCUCAUCACCUCUGUCUCUUUCUUUGAAGUAUUGGAAGUGUCUUCCCCAUUACUCAGUCCUUGCCUUUUUCUUCCUCCUCCCAUCUGAUCCCUCACUCCCUCUCCUCAUCUCUCUAAAGGAGUAAAUGAAGGCAGAGGUCAUCCCUCCUCUCUUCCUCCUCUCCUGUUAAAUUGGCUGCUUGUAGCAUCCGUAGAUGGCUGCAGGCAUUUAAGCCCCCCCCCUGCUCUAGAGAGCUAGUGAACAGACUUCCUGCUCAUUUGUGGCAUCUCUGUCUCUUCAACCACAGGCUUGUUUACCCACAGAGAGCAAGAGGGAAACCCUCAUUAUAAACUCUGCAGAGGUCAUUGCAGUCAGCACACCAAUCUGCUGCCUCCAACACGCGCAUGCAAUUCUCUUCAAUUCUUCAAAACUACCGAAACAACUUCAGAAAUAAUAUGAAAUUACCCCAUUUCUGUCAAAGCAACUUUAUUUUUGGUGCAGAGAAAUAUUUUACCAAUUUGAGAAAAACGGUCUCUAAAUUAAUCAUCAUUUCAAUCUAUUCUCUCUAGCGACAAAGCAAUCUUUUUAGUCAGACAAACCAGACAAAGCAAAAACUCUGAGCCACCUUUGUCUUUUAGUUUGACUGGUGGCUUGACUGCAAAAAAUGUUAAGUGUUAUUUUUUUCCAGUGACUGCCAUUUUCCCCCAUCAUCCCAAAAUCUCCCCAAUCCCCAAAUCCCACCACACAUCCCCCCAACCUUCUAAAGUGAGUGUAUGAUGUUGACGGUGGGCUGUGCGUCCCUUCCUCCCUGUGCUCCGCUCCAUAGGGGUCGACAGAGACACAGUGGCGUCAGGCAGAGCUCCCACAGCUCCAGGGCUGGGCAGAGAAGGGAUUGCUGACACAGCCAAAGAUGGUAAGGAGACUACUGCUGCCAAAUGGAUGGCACCAGCCAUUUUACACACCCAUGAAGUAAUAUGAUCUGAUAUUGUACUGUGUUCACAUCAAAAUGCACUGGCUGGUGAUGCUGCUGACUGAGACAGUUGGAUUAAUGGAUGAGAUUGAUGUGUGGGGUGAGGACUGGGUACUGCAGGGGAAAAAGGAACGGUUUGCAGAUAUUAGAGAAAAGCAACAUUCUGCAUCUGAGUACUUAUUUAUCUUAUGUAUUUGAAGAUACUUGUGGUUUUAACAUUUUCAUAAACAUAAACAUGGUUGUUUUAGUCUUACUACAUUCAUUAUAUUAUAAAUCAGUUGUGCUUUGUAUUCCUUAUUGAUCUAUACAAAGUUGUAUUCACAAUAACCUGUGCUGCUUUGAAGACACAUAAACACUUACUCAAGUUUAUCACCACAGUUGUUUUUUUCCCUUAGCUUUCCUUGGUAUUAAGCACUUCAGCAACCAUUAAAAACAGAAGUAAUGGUUCCUUUCAUACGCUUGGCGCAGUGCUGCAGCUAUAGCUCCAACAUAGUUUGUGUCAUGCUAACUAAAGCGUAAGAUGCCAGUUAAAGAAUGACCAUCAGGUAUCUUGACACUGAUAAGAAUGACUGUUUUUGCCAAGUCAAUCAAGUAUAAAAUCACACGUUUGUCACAUGGUCCACAUGUAUAGUUUUAUCUGGGAGCAGAGUGCUGCCUCUGCCUCUGCCUCGUACACGAGUAGAAUUAUUACUUGUAAGUAAAAAGAAGCAGGGUCUUGAAGCUGAGAGCCACGGAGGGCUGUGUGUUGUAGCGAGUCGACAGGACAUGCCAUAAGUUCUGUCCACAUUGCUGUGCUCCACAGCAGGAGAGCAGGGGCAGCCAGAGUGUCCCCAACCAACAUGAAGUGGACCGCUGAGCUGCACAAAUGCUGGUGGGCAGGGACAAGGAGAGGAAUAUAAUUGGCCACUGGGACUCGGCAGGUCCCUGUUAAUUAGAGGCAGCCAUUUUGGUGUAAAAAAACUCCUUAGAAAGCGUCCCAUGGAGUUGAAAGUCUCUCUGACAGAAUGGAGCUCAGCAGGGAAUGUAAACAGAUUUAAUAAGGCCCUCUCCAAUCAACUCUGUUAUGGCUAGAUACUAUUCUCUCCUUCCUCUCUGAUCUUCCCCUCUCUCUUUCUCUCUCUCUCUCUCUCUCUUUCCCUCCCUCCCUCUCUCUCUCUCUCUUUCUCUCUUCCUCUCUCUCGCUCUGUCGUUCUCACUCUGUCUCUGUAUCUCUGUUGUGGUAGAGUGGUGAGUGAGGAGGAAAGGAUACUGUCAAAAGAACAAUUUGCAUGCAGCUCUCAUCUUGAGAGCUUUUAGACAUCUCCCUGUCUGUUUGUUUUUCAGCUGUGGGCUUAGGCCAUUGUUCUUUCUCUGCAUGUACGUGCGUGUACGUGUGUGUGUGUGUUUGAGGAUGUGUUCCUCCACUCUGCGGAUGAAUGCAUAGAGGCGUGGGCAUGCAUGAAAGUGUAUGUGUGUGUGUCAGUGUGAAAUGAGAGUAUGGAAGCAGAGUCAAGACUGACAUUUAGUUGGUACUGCUCCUAAAACACUUUUAAAAAAACACAAAAUAACCAGAAGAAUGUCCCUUUUUUAAAUGUCAUUCCUGAUAUAGAAAAAAAAGAUUCUUCUACCUCUGUAAACCUUCUGAGACCAUUAGACUUUGGAGCUUUACAAAUACUUGACAAGCAGUUUUAUCUAAAUCUGAAUGUUAAUGUUAUUUGUCUGGUUACUGAAGGAUAACUUGUUUGCCUGCGUGUUUUGUUGUUCAUCAUCUUUGCUUACCACUACAAGUAGGUAAAUAUAUAAAAGUAAGGUGAUUAAAGCUAAGGAGUACACGCAUUGUAAGCUUCCAAAGUGGUUUUGAGAACUAUUUCUGGACAAACAGGGAAAUUUUUAAAUUCUGCUUUGAGCUAUAUUAUUAGAACACGGGUCCAGCCUUUUGAUAUUCCAGAAAUAGAGUGAAGUAGGACUCGUGUGCGUUUUUUUUUUUCUCUGCUAAAACCAGCCCUGCUUCCAAGUGCAGCCUGUCUGCCUGUUCUUAAGAAUAGUUAAAAAUAGACGAAGAGCUGAAUGGUUGAAAAGGGGAAAGGGAAAGAUCUGAGUGAUGGCUUUAAAAAUUUGAUUGAACCAGAUUAAAGAAUAUUUGCAUCUUAAUUUGGAUUUCAGCGUGUUAGGUCAUAACAGCACUUGUGCAGCAAUAUGUCAAACUCCUGAGCUUUUGCUGGAAUAGGCACAGACAUGCCAUGUAAUUCUAUGGUCUAUAACGUGUAACCAAAAUAACUACUGCCAGUGAGGCUACAAAAAUAUGAACAUGUAGCACAGUGACUGCAUGAUCUGUUAACACCUAAAUAUUCAGUCUACACAGUCCUUGUCUGGUUAAGCAUUAGUUAAAACAUAUUGAUGCUCUGCUUAACUUUGUAGUACAUCACCUUUUCUUUUUUCCGUUUUAUCUUCCCACCAUUUAGAGAUUAAUUUUAGCUGUCUCUGCUCUUAACAUUUGCAAAACACUGACACACUCACACAUAUACGCAACAAAAGCCAUUAAUUUGAUCAAACAAAUGUUUUUUAUGCAAAUGUAUGAAUAAUUUCUCUUCACACAUUGCUUUUGUUAGGGAAUAAUGUAUCAGAGUGCUCUCGUGGAGAAGCAAAGUGCAGCCUUCCUACCUCUUCCUCCUCCAACUUUUGACUUUCGCUCCCUCUCACCUUUUUUUGCUUUUUCUCACACUUACACCAAGCUCGCAGUUCCCUUUUUAAACUUUGAUGUGCCGAACCAGAUAUGAAAACACACUCUCUCUGUCACAGCGGCAGCAUCAGCAGUCAAAAAGCGGGCUGAGGGCAGCCCUGUUGCUGCCCCAUCCCGCAGAUCCAUUCAGGACCAUCCAGUUUUACUGUCUUCAUUAUAAUUUACCUGUUGAUCCUUUCAGUGUCUACUGUUUGUGUACUUCCUAGUGUUCAGACAUGUUGAUUGUAAAUGUGCACUAUUUGUUUACUGUAUGUUAAACUAUAACAAUUUAUUUCAUAGUCACUGUGACAAGAGGAGUAGUUUGUUUUUACACCUUUUUGAUAACUUAGUGAGCACAUGACUGCUCAUAAAUUGAAGAAAAUGUUGAUUCUUAAGGCAACAAUCUACUUCAGUCUGUCUCACAAAAUACUACAGGACAAAAUUAUUUAAUUGAGGUACCUAGAAAAUAAUGAUUUCUUAUCCAGAUCUCUCAAAUACCAGUUGAUCUAAGUGAUGUUAAGCCACUCUGCUCACGGAUUUGUAACAAUAUUUACAAUGGCCAAAACUUUUCAUAGAGGACUAAUAUUCUGUGACACAUGUUUCCCUCAUUCUCAGCUAACUUUGACAGUCUAUCAGUUGAACCUCUGUCACUUUAAAAGGCAAAUAUUGCUCAUAUAAUUAGUUCAAAACAGCUUUUAACAGUUUUUUAAUUUGCAUGUUAUGUGUAUGACUUGUUAGGACAUCUUGUUUUUGUUCCAAGAUGCUGAAAGCAGUACAGAAGCCUUUUUAACUUUUCCCCCUCUUUUCUUCCUUUCCCUCCCCCAUCUUUACCCUGCUGUAGAUUAUCAGUAACAUGGAGGCUCCAGUGACAAACGGGCCCAGCGGAGGAGGCAACACAGCCAACGGGCCAACCACCAACAGCCGCGGCUGCCCCUCGCCCAUGCAGACCGGACCAACAAACGACGACAGCAAGACCAACCUUAUUGUCAACUACCUGCCCCAGAACAUGACCCAGGAGGAGUUUCGCAGCCUGUUCGGUAGCAUCGGAGAGAUCGAGUCCUGCAAGCUGGUUCGCGACAAGAUCACAGGUACAGAAUAAGACUGUUUGUAUUGUAUUAAGGUAUUUAUGUUUUUCUCUAUAAUAAUACUGUAUCAUCUCAUUAGCUAAGAAAAUAAUCCGCUUUACUUUUACAGAAUUUGGUUAUUUUUCUUAGUGUGCUUCAAGAAGUGAUAAGAAAUGUAGUUUGCCAGAAGUCUAAGCCAACAGAGGAGGAUGUCUUACACUGAAGUACAACUCUGUUAGAGUUGGGAUGCUGUUUAAAUGUUGACAGAGUUUGAUGAUUUGCAAGUCAUUCAAAGUCGACAUUUAACUGGAGAUAAUACAAAGACAACAAAUCAAAGUCAAAAAUAGGAAAAUUAUAUUUUAUGAAAAAUACUUGCUCAUGUCGAAUUUGAUGCCAUAUCAAAACAUUUGGGACAAGGACUUGUUUAACAUUGAGCUGCAUCACCUUCUUUAACAACACUCUGUAACUCAGAGGAGAGACUAGUUUCUGGAGUUGUGAAAGUUCAGUGUUGUCUCAUUCCUGAUUUUAACUGCUGAACAUUAAGGGGUUACCUUUAUCACAUGUGUUGUGUCAUGGUGUGCUUCUGUAGGUUACUAAAAUGCCUACAGACAAGAUCAGCACCUGCAUUCUUUUUCUAUGGAGCUAUGCUGUGGUAAUGCCUGCAUCUUUCUGCUGCAUUAUGCAAGGUCUUCCCUGAAAAAAGGCUCUGUCUAGACAGAAGCAUAUGUGGCUCUAUAUAUAUAUUCAGCAUUAUUGGUGUUUACAGAUGUGUAAGCUACCCAUAGCCGUCUCCAUAUCAUCAGGGAUGCUGGCUUUUGAACUGUGUGCUGAUAAGUUAGAUGGUCUCCCAUUUGUACAGCAAAUCUCUAAAUCUCUUCUAAUUUGCUCCAGUUGAUGAGCUCCUCAAACUCGUCGCUGUUUUUAGGAAUAUUAUUCUGGGAUUGCCGAACUGAUUCCUCAUCUGGUUUCUCACAGAGCGAGGACCCUCUGUAAAUAAUGUUAUUUAUGAGAUGAUCCACCAGGUGUUUUUCAGGGUUUUUCAGUCCUUAUUCCUUAUUUUUUUAAAAACAUGUUGCUGGCAUCAAAUUUCAAAUUAGCAUAUUUUUUCAUAAAACAAUAUUAUUAUUUGUCAGUUUCAGCCUUUUAUUUGUUGACUUUUUUUCAAACAAAUAAAAGCUUUGAAUGAUCUGCAUACCAUCAGAUUCUGUUGUUAUCAACAUUUUUACUCUCACUGGACUAAAGUUGUAAAACAUGAAUCAGGCUUUCAUAAACUAGCUUGAUCCUUCAAAACUAGACUUUUUAUUUUCUUUUUCUAAGUAAGAUAUUCGUAUCUUAGUUGAAAAUUGUCAAAAAAAAACAUGAACGCUGCUGGUCUAAGGGUUUUUUCUUCUGUAGUUGCAGUAUUUAUUCUUAUGUGUGUUUUUAAGUAAAUUACGAUAAAUUCAUCAGGAUAAUAUAUCAUUUACUUUACAGGAAAAGCUUACAAGCUUCACAUAGUUUUUACAAGUUAAAAAAUGAGAGUAGAUACGUCGUGUAAAGAACUAAGUAUUAAGAAUUGAGUCUCACUUUCAAAACCUGCACACUUGUUCAGAAAAGCUCUUAAUCAAUCAUUGACUCAUUGAAAACACAAGUGAUUUCUGAGAAGUCAUCAGUGUAUUGCCUUCUAAAAGAAGAAAUCCAUCCCUGCCCUUUGUGUUUGUUCAAUAGCUGUGACUCAGCAAUGCAGCAAAGUGCCACAUGUUCUCCAGAGGUGUUUAAAUUAAGCAGCACUUGGCGGUGCUAAUCAUGGCUGUAAUCUGGGCGUAGUGGCUGUGUGGGUGGCUGUACAGCAGAUGGAUCAGGGGGUUGGCGUGGUGCAGCUCUGUGAUAAUGCUCCAUAAUGGCUUUCAUUUUAGAUCCUACUUACUGACACUCUUCUCCUGAUAAUCUCAUUAAAGAGCACCAGGCAAGCAGGCAGUCUGGAUCACUGAGCCAUUCUCGGAGGCGAGGCAAGGAGGGUAAACAAAUACAUACCACGGAUAAAAACGCAAACAAAAUCUGGGAAUUAGAUUUCCUUAACGGAUAACAGACUACCUGAAGACCUAAGGUGAAAACAGUUGUACUUUAAACCAGAGGUUUUCACUUAGAGAAGCAAUUCUUGUGUCCGUCUGUUCUCAAAGUCUUUCAAUCUUGAUGUGAAGCACUGCAACUCAUCUUUAAAACCACCUUCCUCUUCCUCAGUAAUGGUCCACAAAAUGGAACCUAAGAGUCAGGCACCCUGGGAUAAUGGAGGAUGGUGUGUACAGAAAUAACAGUGGGAUACCACAUGCUAUGAUCAUCACCAUCACCAUGUUCUCUCUCCAUUCGUUUUUACCCUCAAGUGUGAUUUUCCCCAAACAGCAGCAAGAAACCAAACUAGCAGCAGGUACUUGGUGAGAGUUUUGAAAUGAACCAAAUUGCGGUAAACCUGAGUCGGGAACUUAAUUGAGAAUGUGAGAGAGGUAGAAAAAUGUUUGUUCGCUCACUUCUAAACCAUUUAGGGUACUUCUCUACCCUGCGCUACAAGGUCCAACAGAUGGCUUAGUAUCAAUGCAAAAAAAAAAGCUAUAAAUAAAUCCUGCCCUCCCCUCCAUCUUUUCCCCUCUGGUGUUCACCCAUUUUUCUCUCCCAUGAGUGCAAUUUCUUCACGCAAACUUUUAGGCUAACAAAGCAUAGAUCACCUCCUCAGCAGGGGGGAUGCCAAGGGGCUUUUCACUCCCUGACACGAGUCCAAAUCAUUAACAGACUCAGCCAGGUAUGAUGAAGGGAAAGGUAUAGAAAAGGAUCCCUGGAAGAGUAUGGAAGACACCAAAUUUACACCCUUGUGCUUUUGAGUCUGUCAUAAAUAUCUGCACAUUAAUGCAAACAUUUAUAUCUGAGUUCUUUCUCUAAGUCCAAACUGAAGGAGGCAGGAUCAUUUUACCUUGUUGAAAUUUCUGGAUAAGAGUUAGAAUAAGUGAUGUGCGGUAGCAGCUAUUAUUCAUAUUGAUGGGACUACGAAGGGCUUUGUGUUGUAUUAUACAGAGUGAGGAGAAAAGAACAAAGCAGAAACUUUUGAAUAAAUUCCUUCUAUGAAAAUAUUAAAUCACAUACUUGGAUAUUUGCAUCAAUAAUUCACCAUGACUAGGUUGAAGUAUUCUACCGCUGUAUUAAAAAUUGAGGCCGUCUUUGAGCGAGCAUACUGUACCACGAGCAAGGGUCUUUAUUUUUUGUCUUGUAUCGUUUAAGAUUAGCAGAUGCUCUCACUUUCUGGACUAUCAUUUAUCAGUGUUGAAGUUUCCCAGCCCUGUUUGUGGCUUGACUUCACUGUGAGUAUUUGCUGACAAGGUGUGAGCACAUGAGCCUCUCCGAUGGUAGCAGAGGUAGACAGGUCCUCAGUGUCCUCUCAGCUUCCUGCGGACUCACUCUUGUCAGCUCCGAUGACGCCAGCCCGGCCUGAGGCUUGGGCGGGUGCGGGCAGGCGUGGACGCCUUGGCUCCGUCUGUCAACCUUGCGUAUUUCAGCUGGUAGAAGAGCCACCUCUGGGUCUGCUCCCUACAUUCCUGCAUGCUUGCCUACCUUUCUGCCUGCUCGCCUCCUUGCACAGCUACCUCUGAGGUUCUCAUAACACGGCAGGGACAUGCAGGUUAAUCUUUUAUUUAAGCCUAGCUAACACGCACCUAGCCACAGCCCAAACACUUGCACAUAAGCCCCAGGCCUCCACCUGUGAAAAUGUCUCUCUUCUUGGCUGCUCUUGAAGAGAAGAUAGCUUAAGUUUGUUGUUUUUGUAUCAAAUGUAAAUACUCUUUAAAAUUUUAUGAUUGCGCACCUGUGUUCCGGAGAAAAUGCUACGUAUUCAAAUGCUUGGAAUGAGGACAUUAUGGCAAGAUGCUGUGGACUACAGAUGGUUCUACAAAGCAAAACAGUUAGUUAAGCUGAAAAUUUGCCAGCCUGAAAGCUUACACCUUGAUAAAUCGCUCCUUACUGGAACAUGGUUUUAUAGAGAGCAAGGAAAAAUUAAUGUGGACCUUGCAACUUACUGAAUCAGCUCUCACAAUCAUCCACACAAGUUCAAGCACGCAGGCAAACACACAGUAAUGACUGAUUCUUGUCAAAAAGUUGUUUUGGGCUGUAUUUUGGCAUGAUAAUAGACUGCUCUUGUUUUCAUUACAACAUUAAGAAGAGGAUAAUGGCUUUUCAUGCAGCAAAAACAACUGACAGUGUUUGACAGAGUUUGACAGGAUUAUAGCGUUGUGGACAGCGACUUUUUGGUUUACAUAUCGUGCCAAUAGGACAGUACAGUCAGAGCAGCAGAAUGCCAAGUCUGACUCUGGAGAGAUAGAUGGGAUUGUAUUUUACUCGCUUGUUGAGUAAACAGUUCAUCGUGUUUACAAGCUGCUAUGUGUCUGCUCUGUUCCGGCUGCUUCUGUGACCUUUUCCUCGGAUAGUCGCAGCAUUUGCUUAUUGCCAGCUUCAGCGGCAAACUUUACCAACCUUUUGAUAACAGCGUUUGUUCUUCUCAUGCUGAUAUUUAAUGCUUAUCUCCACAUCAAACCUGUGAAGGCUGUAUCCCCAAGCACGCUGAGUGAAGCCUUUGGUGCACACUUCUUUAGUCACCUUCCAUGUGUUGGUUUUAAACAAGGAAUCUGGGGAGCUGAUGCAAAUCAUAGUGACAAUGUAGCAAGCCAAGCAGAUGUUGGCUAUGAAAAAUAGAUGGACUGUGAUGUCAGCUGUGGAGUAGUUGGAGCCAGCGCACCUCUGACAGACAGCAGCUUCACUUCCAUGUAAAAGCCUGCUGCAAGCCCAGUUCUUACAUAAGAAUAGGUAAGACCUAUUCAUAAACACCGGGCCACAAAAAAAAAAAAUUCCAGGUUUGCUGGAUUUGGCUUGCUUUGCACGCACAGGCGUGUGGUUAGUGCAGAACACUUCCAUUAGUUUCAUUGUCGUUCCAUUUCGGGAACAUCAAGUGCACCCGCAAAUAUUGCAAACAUAAAAUAUGCAUCCAACCCUGAUCUGUAAGGACAGCCGGGUGGAGCUCAAUCCUGUACAAAGUCUGUCAGUCUAACAGGGAGCAGAUCAAAUAUUCACCAUAUAAACCUCAGUUUACCCACAGCUCUUUGUUGCUACUGAAAUAUACAUCGACAACACGCUCAGGAGCAAAGCUGAUUCUCUUUGUACUCCAGACUGCAAGUAGAGCUGUUUUUCACCAAUGACUGAUGGGAACAAUACUCUCUAGUAUUCCUGUUUGUUUUACGAUGAGACCUCUUAAACCUAACUAAAUCAUACUGAGGGAGAUCUGCAGCAGCGUUUAUAUCUCACAUACAGUCUCCAUUUAUCUUAAUGUGAAAUGCUUUUGAAGGCUGAAGAUAGCGUGAACAGAGCUGACAGGCAAAAAGAUGGAAAAAGGAUUUGACAUCUCCAAAGCCAGGUAUUAAGAGAGCUGCCAGGCUCAGAAGUGCAGACACAAGCAGCCAGACACACAUUAAUGUUUCAGAGUCCCAGGUCCAGAAAAUGUCCUGUCUCUCUUUCUCUAAACGCCCCCCCUGCUUCCCCUCCACUCUGCUUAGGACCCAGAAUUGGAUGUCCUGAGAGCUUGCUUGGCUGCAUCGUUCCUCCAGUGACCCUCGCCUCAGACUGCCUCUGUCCCCUCUCAUUCCACUCUAAAUGCCCUUUACUUGGAACACAGAGGUUGCGUCUGUCCCAUGUGUCAGCCCCAGAUCUACAGGCUGACUGUGCCGCAGGGCUGCUUCCUUUCCCUCCGACCCUCCUCUCUGAGCACACCCUACCUGGCCUGAAGAAAGCCAGACAGCCCCCUUGUCCCUUGAAUGUAUGCUGUAGGGCUGGGGCUGGAUGGCUUUGGGCUUGUAGACCUGCUCACCAUAAGUCCAAGCAGGUGGAGCAGAGUCGGCUCUUCAAACCUGACAUAACAAGGUUAUUCAAGACUUUAAAGGGACUUCUCUGUCAGCUUUCCUUCUAUUUUUCAGCUGCACAGCCAGCCAACCAGCCCACACACUGCAGGCUGCAGUCCGCUGGCCCCAAGGCUCAGGGAGCCACCACGAGGGGGUGGUUUACGUGUAUGUGUGUGCUUGUGUGUCCCUGAGCUUCAACGUGGGCAAGUGUAUGUCUGUGCGUGUGUUGGAGGAAGCAGGGCCUUGGGAACUGAGAGUGGGAGCCUCCUGACUGCAACAGUGGCUGCUACCUUGGCAACCCAGGAGGGAAAGAUGUGUUGAAUGAGUGAGUGGGAGAGGGAUCUACAGUAGAUGCAUGCGUGCGGGGGAUGUGGCUGUUUAUGAAUUUAGUUAUUUAAACGGGCUGAAUACAUGCCAUAUGAUAUGCUCCGACCGUACCGCUAGUAUUUGAGGUACUGUAGUCUUUUGUUCUCUUCGCAUAUAUAUUUUUGCGAACUCGCCCAUCUCCCCUGUCACUGCUGAGCUGACCCUCGGUGAGGUAAGUGAAGUGUACUUUGACAUGAAGCUGGUGACAGGGCACCUUUGCGAACGCUGGGGAGCGCGCUGGCCCAUCAAAAAUAGCACUACCUCAACUUGCUGCAGCAGCAAGGGGCAAAACGUCAGAACAUGGGAGAGGACAGAAGCAGCAAGUGUGACACAUUUAUUUUGACAAUGUGAAAUGUUUUUCUUUUUUUCCCCCCUCCCGUCCGCCUCGUCUCAAAAUGUCCCUAAAUUCAAGACUGACUGAACGGAUUUGCUUGUUUCUGGGGGAAGGAGCUGGUCCUCUCAAGGUGUGUUAACAUCAGCAGCUCAGAGUCACGAUGAUCUCUAGAAGCUGAAACUUCCCGUCACCCCUUUGAUGAUCCGUCCACCAAUGAACUCUCUGAAUGACAGACAGACUGACAGGGUGCGGAUGGAAAUGUUUAAUAGAUAGCCCUUUGGGGACCCUUCAGUCAGAUUUGUGCUUUUUUUUUGUUAGAUUCAUACAGAGGCUUUUCUACAAUAGGGAACCAAGAGGAAAGGAAAAUUAUAACUUGACAUUUUUGUUCUCGCCAAGGGAUUCCUCGAGGCUAAAGAGCUUCAAUUAGGCCUCAAAUUUUUAAUAAAAUCAGUCAAGAAACAAUAGACUGUGGAAAAGUAUACAUUAAAAAAGGAAGCUUCUGUCAGCUUCUGUGUUUUAAUGUGUGGCUACCACUCCACAUCAAAGAGUCUAUAGUUUGCUGUGUGAUGUUACCCCGAUGAUAGCAGUAGAUGAAGGUGCUUUCAUGUCUGCAGCAUGGGGCUCUUACUCACAACAAACGCCGCAAAAUAAUAGCAGGAAAUUUGCAACUGCAAUAUCUUACAAUGUGCCCCACAGUUUAUAAUUGUAAUCCUCCUGUGUGUGCCCCACAAUGUCAUACAUGAAUCCAUUUAGCUUAAUUAUAUGCUUGUAAGUUGAGUGCAGAAAUGUAUUCAGCUAUUUUGCCUUUGUUGUGCUUAUUUACUUACCUAUGUGUAAUUUUGCUUAGGCAAGUAGUGUGAAUUUUCAAUUGCAUGUGUGUGUGUGUAUGGAAGGGUGAAAGGAAAGGUGAAAUUACAUAGUGGGGACAGCAGGCAGCACACCCGCUCGAAGAACACUCAUUUUCUCAUCUCACACAUUGGGCAACCUGCUGCUCCUCAGGAAACAAAUAAUGGCUUAGUCAUAACACCUCGCUAACACACCAAAGAGCUCCUCACUAGAAAUAGCAGUGUUUUUACCACUGGAAAAAAAAACAUGCCCACCUCCCCAUAUAAUAUAUGUCAGAUUGUACAACAGGUCUGCCAAAAGAGUAGGGGCGACUCUAAAUUAUCCUCCACCUCCUCACUCCUCUCCUCCAUCUAAUGUGGUUAGUCUGUUAGCGAAACCAGCCAUGACACCGGAUGAUAAAGCACUUCAGAGCUGGAGGGGAGAAUCUACACAUAAUUAUGACAGCUUUUGGCAAAUACAUACACAGACCCCAGCAGUUUAGUAUUAUACUGCUUAUGAACCCUUUCUUCUUAUAUUUAUCUGUUUCAUAUAAAUCCCAUUACAUUCUUUAUUAAAAGACCUCUGCCAGCUUUAAAUUUACAUAUUUCUUAUUUCCAUGGCUGUUGAGCAUUUUCUUGAGUUGUUGCGAGUGGCGUAGAUUUUGUACAACUGGCACUGCAAGCGGCUGUGAAAUCAAAGCAAAUGAAUAUCUAACCUCAUUAAAAGGCCAUUAUGAUGAGCAAUGCAUCAUUUGGGUUCUUGGUUUUAAUUGACAAUUAAAACAUAUAAGUUAAUGUAUCCAUUAAGCUAAUUCAUCAGCACAGGGCUGAUUUUUGGUGAGCUACAACCUCAUUAGAGACUGUUUAUUAUGCAUUUUUAAUAGCUUUUCUAUAGUGUCUCAUAUGCUGUAGUUUCUCAGUCGUUUUUCUGUGAUUAUAAACUUCCACAAUCUCUAUCUUUGAUUUCUUAAGAAGGAUUCAUCCCAGUGACACAAUGUUGUGUUUGGGAAAUUCUGCCUUAGUGGCUGUUUUUGAAAAGUCUUUCAAUGACCUCCUGUUAAGUUCAGAUAGAUUACAAGGCAAUAGAAAUUGUUUUUUUGAGUCUUACCACUUUCAAUAGUCUGAAGUGUAAAAUAAAAAGGCUGAUGCAAAAUCACAACCUGUCAUUGCCUUGCUACUUUCCUUUGUCUUAAUUACAUCAUGUCUGGUGUUGUUGUAAUGAAAAGCAGAUGAAUGCCGAGCAGGUCUUACCCUUGUGGUCCAAAAAGACAGCAUGCUAGGUUAAAUACCGCUGAGACAUUUUAAACUGUGCUUAACCGCAGUGUGCUGAGCUGGAACAGAGCAGGGCACUGUGAUGGUUUGAUCCAAAUGCAGGCAGCGCACAGGGCUGAUCCUGCUGGGGAGUAUUGAGGUGGACAGUGCAGGUGCUGUGACAGGCUCAAGCCAACUACACUGCCUAGUCACUGCAUGCAUACUGUAGGUUACAAACAGAGCAGCAUUUACAGUAGUAUGCUCGUAGGCAUGAUCGGAUGUGCAUGCAUAUGAGAACAAAUCUCUUCUUUACAUUCGUUAAGCAGUUUAGGAGCUACAAACCCCCCCACACACGUUCACAAAGCAUGAUGCAAUCUCUGGUGAGCUGCCAGUCGCUCUCGUCUUCACUGUCCUGCUGGGAGGACAUAUUCGACUGCUUGUGUUUGUUUGUGUGUGUCCCAGUGAUGGAGUGAUUACAUGUUUACACGCAUGUGUGUGCACAUGUGUGUAUAUCUGUGUGCUGCGUUGGCGUCACGUCUCCAGGCAGCCAGGCUGUCUGCCUAUGGCUCCCUGCUGUUAGCUCCUCUGUAGAAGGCUGGAAAUGGUUGGUUGAAUACCCUCCUGGAGAUUUCCUAAAGCUGCAGGCAGCUGUCUCCCCAUCUCCCCUUCAUAUCUUCUUUUCUCCUUGCUCACCUAGGGAUGGAUGCCUGCCAGUGAGCCUCACUCCCACCUUCUUUUCCUCCAGCCCUGAAAGCCCUCAGUCUCGCCAGAGAGGGUGUGAUGAAGAGGGUGGGAGCUGGCUGCCAAUACAAGCCUAGGUUUCCACCACUUAUAUCAUGCACAGUCAACAAAAGCGCAUACACACGAUUCUCGACAAACAUGUUAUCUACAUAAGGCGGCAGGUGAACGCCUGGUCACCAAGCCUGUAAUUGGAGUAAAUACUCCAGAUCUUCUGUUGCAGUACUUUAAUCAAUCACUGACUCACAUGUGUCCAUACUCACACUUGUAACUCACUAGUGCCCACACACACAUACACACACACACUUAAAAAAGACACUCAACCUCCGCUGAGGCCUGUCAAACAGCACAGCAUCCAUGGUUGCCAAUUUGGCCCCAUUUGGCUGCCUGGUCUACUCCACGAGUGCUAAGAGUCUCUGUACCAUUAAGCACCAGCCGGCCCAUCUCGACUGCCCUGCAUGAGUGCUCUUCGCCAGCGCACUUCAUUUUCAGCUAACCCUCCUGUAGCUGCGCUUGUCGAACCUCACAUUUCUUGUUGAAGAUGAGGGAGAAGGGUGAGAAAGGUGAUGGGAAAGUGGGAGGCGAGGGUAGGAAAGAUGGCGAAUGCUGGAGAGGAGCAUUUGAAGCGGCAUGCUCUCAGCUGUUGCACCCAUCUGGAUUACAAACUCAGUGUAAAUUGAAUACAUAGUUUCAAAUGAAUUCUCUUUAACGCAUCCAUUUGGUGGAAAACAAUGCCUCUUACUGUAUGCUGCUGGCUAAUUUAGAAAAUCAUUUGUGGCCCAUUGUAGUUAUUGGCAAGCUUAAACUCCAGUACAUAAAUGCUUUAUUCAACUCAUCUGAUUAUUUACUUGCUCUCUUUCUCGUCAUUAUUCCUGCUCUCUUUUGUGUGCUUAAUAUUUAAAACAGAGGAGCCACAAAGCACCAUUUUUUUGAGUUACAUUUAAACUGACAAACUUAACACCUGAUGUCAGCUUAGAGUCAGAGGAGGAGGAGGAGGAGAGAGAGAGGAAAGAGGAGGGCUAGUUAUAAAUAGCAGAAAUCUCUCCAGAAUGGCAGGUUUUUAAUUAACAAUAGAGUGUCUGAUGAUCCACAGUUAAUCCAGAGGAAAAGAGGGAGGAGAGGAGGGAAGAAGAGAAAAUCAUCAGCUGUUUGAUGUUCGGACUACAAGUCCCUCCUGGCCCUUCCAACGCUCGCUGCUGAGCUGUUCUGCGCUGUUCUGCGCUGUGAUAUCCAUAGCCCAAAUGUAUUUAUUUAGUGAAACAGCCAUGCUCCAUAUUUUGUGAUUCACUUUGUCUCUGACUAACCGCUGUCUGUUCCCAUUAGCGUGGAUAUGUGCACUCCGCUCCUCUUAAACUGACUGCGAUGCUUUGUGCUUGUGUGUGGUGUUAGUGGAUCCGGGCUGUUUGUUGAAAACUAGCUGACUGAAGGCCCGAUGGCUGGAGGCAUCCUCUUACAGUCCUACGCCUGUUGAAAGGCUUGAUCUGUCGGGGAAACACAGGGACAUGUCAGGCCUGCUUCACACUCAAAGGGAGUGUGCUAUCUAAGACACUUUGAGCUUAGAGGGAAAUGGGGGUGGUAUUUUUUUCUCUUUUUUUUUUUACACAGCUGCAAAGACAGUAACAAAUAUGUUUUUUGUACUAACUGUGAUACUACAUUUUCAGGGGCAUUUCAGGGGGACGUGAACUUAAUUUAUGACAAAUUAUGAAAAUAUUUUUAUUAAUUAAUUAUAAUAAAUUAGUAAAAUAAAUUGAUCAGUCCCUUUAAGCUCUAAGAAUACCAAUAUAACAGGCAGCUAUUUGAGUGAAGACACUGUUUCUGUGCAAUACGAUUAACAUUUUGACCUGAAUACUUAAAAAAAUGUUGUUUUUUUAUAAUCAUUAUUGUUUGCCGAACUUUUUAGGUAUUUAUUAAAUGCUAAAAAACAGGUCCUCUUCCCACUUGUGGCUUGUAGCAGAGCAGGAUUCUCAUGACACAUAGUUGACAGAUAUCACACUGAGACUCUUUGCGCCUCGGGUAGAAGACAUUGUGAUCUUGAGAGUGGUGAUGGAGCGAUGCAGGACAGGAUAUUCCAGUACAAAGAGGUGUAAUGAUGAUGAUGAUACUCAAGGAGAAGUAUGAGAAAUCAUUUUUAGUUGUAAGAAGCUGAGCAACCAGGGUCAAGUCUGGUCGAUGACUUAUUGGAGCAAGUUACUGAAUAAUCUUGAUUUCUAACCCUUUGGACAAAAAGGUUUAUAUAGAGUUUCCUAAGCCUGUCUGUUUUAGGGUAAAUGUGUUUAACCCUCUUCCCUAAAUAUGAGGGACAUGAUUUAAGUGUGGCUUAUAAAUAUGAAUUAAGAUGUUGUGUAGUUGUCAGUAAGAAAAGUAAAUAAUUGAAGUAUGAAAUCAGGAUAACUUUCUAAAAGAUUUUCUUUCUCUCUUUGGUCUUUAAGGACAGAGUCUGGGCUAUGGUUUUGUCAACUACAUCGAUCCAAAGGAUGCAGAGAAAGCCAUCAACACGUUAAACGGACUCAGACUUCAGACCAAAACGAUCAAGGUAACUGUCACCACAUACAAUUAAAUACAGACAUUUCUACUACACAUCAUAUUAAUGAAAAACUAGAUACUUGAAAAGCACAACUGCAGAUAUAAAAGUUAAUGAACUGCAAGAUGAUGAUUAAUAAAAUCACAAUUAUUUUAUUAAGUUGUGGAUGUCAUGCUAGUAAAUGUCUCUUUCUUCUCCCUCAAAGCCUCUUUAGAUAGUGAUGCUGUUAGCGAAUAAGCUGGAGGGCAAGAUGGGAUUAACAUGCAUGAGGCUCAGUAAUUAAAUAGACCAUCUAAAUCAAAGAGACACUCUGAAAAGCUUUUGACUACGGAUGACAUGCUAAUUACCUUCUAAAUGUCAAAAUCUACAGGUGAAAAUAUACAUACAUAAAAGGGAGAAAGACAUCAGUCAUGAAAUGUUUUCUAAAAUAAUACAGAGCUCGGGUUCUACAUUUCAAUGGUAUGACUAAUGUGCAGGCUUGUUGGAUGUUGGAGGUAAGACAGAUAGACCAAUGCCAACACUAUUCUGUCCUCCCUCCAAGACUGUAAACAAACCGAAAAGCAUUUGGUUGGAGCACACGGUUUACAUCAACACUUACCUUACUCCAACAUCAUCCUCUCUCGUCCCUUUUGCUCUGUGCAUGCUAAUGUAUUAUGGUUUUUAAACUAAGCAGUAAUCUGUUGCUCUGCCGUAAUCCCUGGAUUCUCGCCUUCUGCCAUCUGAUCUAAUGUAAUCUAAUAUCAUGGGAUUAGCCCGUAUUUGUGAAUGGGCAAUCCCUGGGAGAAUCCCCCCAUUCACAAUGCAGUGGCUGCCUGACCUGGCCUUGGCUCAGCAGUGCUUCCUGGCUCUUUUAACGGCUUAAAAACAAGAUAAAAAUGUUAGAAUGAUGAACACUUGCACCAGAGUUGAUCUGCUACCUUAAUUUAUCCUGCUGAUACUAUUUUAGAUAUAUUAACUUAAAUAUCAGUCAAUACUAGCAACCCCACUGUUACCUUUGGAAUGAAAAUCGAAAACCAAUACUCUUGACUGCUCACAUUUGUCUAGCUUUGACAACAUUAUAGCACCUUUUAGAUACAAACAAGGGAAGAAAAUGAAUUCACCAUUGAUCGAAAAAUACCGACUGCUGACAGUUUUAUACUGUUUGUGUUGGCACAUGAUGGUUUACCUGAAACCAGUUAACUUUUGGAGCUUAUUGGUUAUGGUAUUCGAUCGAUGCAACAAUUGGCAUAGUUAUCAAUGCCAGAAACUAGCAUUUUAGGCAGUAUUCAAUGUUAAUGAUGUUAUUUGUCAGAUGUGUGGUUAUUUUUAUGUUGUCGUGACUGAAUUACAGCUGUUAUGUCUGCGAUAGAAAGCAAGUCAGCUAACAUCAGCGGUGCAACAAAUCACAGUUGAUAAAUAAUCCAUGUGUAUGAUCCUUGUUCAGAUCUCAUGUGAGCCGCUGGUCAGUGGAAAAUUUUUCAUUGUGGUGUCCUUUGAAUCUAGCCCUGAUAAAUCCCAGAGAGCAAGAAAUAUAAAGAGGAAAAGAAAAGUAGAGAAAGCAGCAUUACAGGCACACAGGCGUAAUGGUACCGUGGAGAUUUACUGCAAAAAUGUGACUUAGUUCAGUCUUGGUUUUUAUCAGCCUCACGUACAGUAUGUUUCACACAAAUUUUCACCCACAAAAGGAUCAGAAAGUUCUGACAUUUUGUUGUGUACGGAUAAUUACUUUAUAUCACUGCUGUGUUUGAUCUAGAAACUAGAUGAAGAGAAAAGGUCCCAAGAUGCAUGCUUCCUGUUUGUAGUCCACCUCACAUGACACGCAACAGGAGCAGCCAGCGCACAGAUACAGAUAUCCACUGGAUGAGAAAUGCACAUGUGUAAAGUGUUAAACACUCUCACAGCUCAUACAAGAAAAACUGUUGUUUUGGCAUCAUGGCAAAUUUCUUUAUCACAAUUUUCAUAAUUUUUGUUUCAUGCUUGUCAAGUCAAUGUGCUCUGUUUAGCGGGGACAAACACUGAGUUGCAGUACAGUAACAAAGACAGUAUGUCACAGACUGCUGCAUUCAAAGAUGUUUAAAAAACUGUCUAUAUAAAAUUUAAGUUUAGGUUUAUCUGACUGCUUCUAAUUCUCAUCAGAGAUGUGGUAACAUGUAUGCAUGGAGGAAAGUUGAGGGUGUGAUAGACCAUCGAAAUGCAUUGAUUCCCUGCAUUGGUAAUGCAGUUACAGUCCAGGCGGGGAGUAGAAUUUUUCUACAAUUUAUUUCAUGAGUUCACUCUUCUAAAUUGAUCCAGAAAUGAUAAAUAAGAUAAGUCCAUAACCCUGAACCAAAAUGUGAGAUUUGUGAUCCAUUGGACCCCUAACCAACACAAACCCAGAGGCAGUCUCAAUGUAAAGGCUGAAAACAGUUGAAGGUCAUCUGAGCGGUGUGGAAAUCUUGUGGUGUUUAUUGAAUGUAGCAUCCUGCGUUCACAGAUUUCACUCUCACACUCUCCUGACACAAGAAGUUGCCUGAAGUCAUUCCCGAGAUAAAGGCAGUCUUGGUAAUGACAGAAGACAACUCUGCAUCUCUGUCUGGCGCUAUCUCUCUUUCACACUUCAUUUCCUCCCUCCCACAACCCUCUUUUCCUUGCUGUCUCCCUCCACAACAGAUCACAAUACCCUUAAGGUAAUUAGGUAAAUUAAAAGGCAGCACGGUAAUUUCAAAAUGAAGUUUGGCGCUCUUUCAUGUUACACCCUUCCCACUCUCUGCCAGUACACUCGUGACGAAAAGGUUUGGCCUACAGAUUCACAUGCUCCAAGGCGAUGUGUCUCAGGGUAGUGUGUUUGAGUUGGUUUUACUCCUACCGUUUCCUACACCACGACACCUCAGAUUUAGUCAGCGAUGCUGCUUCCUGUCUGAGGCGUUAGGGGAAGCAGCAUGCCAAAGGUGAGAGGAUCUCACAGUGACAUGCAUGCACAUAAUCUCUCACACUUUUCCCAACUUUCAUAGGCGCACACACAUACACACACACACAAUCCACACAUACCCUACACCACACUUGUACACAGUACCGCUCACAGCUUGAGGAGGUGUUGAUGGAUUAGACAUCUGGAGUUGGCUGACAAGGAGAAGAAAUGAGGGGAGAGCUGCGCAGAGAAGAAAAGAGGAGCAAAAAGAGGCAGAAUCUGGAAGAGAGAGAAAGGUUUAGUGAGGCAGCACGCAGGAAGGAAGCAGAGGGAGAAGAUUCAGGCAGCAAAGAGCAGUGAGAUACAGAGAGGAAGAGGAAAACAUAGGAGCAGAGCAGAGAUGCCAAAGAGAAAGAUGUGUAAAAGAAAAGCGAGACAUGGAGAAAGCCAGCUGUUCCCAAUCCUAUUCUUACACCGUAAGAGUUCAGCAGGAUUUCCAUGCUGCUGCUGAAGGAUAUGACUGCAUAUCCACCAUAUUUGCCUGACUUUAACCCUAUUUGAUAGCUUAUGUCUCCACAUGUCAGAGGUAAUGAAAGUACUGCAAGGGAAAGCUGCUCCUGUCAGCAGCAGCAGUAAUGGGAUUUGCGCAACUUUUGCCUGAGCAAAAACCAGGUCUACACACGAGGACGUUUGGGACAAUGUUUGAGAAGUGAAAGUUCAGCGGUAGAGAGCGACAGCUGCGAGUAGAGAGUAAUGUACAGUUCAUUCAUAGAAUAUAGCCUAUACAGUGUGAUUGACAGGAAAAUAGCUUUGAAAGAUGCACAUAUGUAAGUCAACGGUGUCUCUGAAGGUGUUAAGGAAAGAGGAGGAGGAGCAGCCUGCUACUAUAAGGAUCAGGGAAAUAGUCUAGAUAAUUAUAAAAUUAUAAAGUCUUUUUAUUACCCGAAGACUGUUGCAUGACAAGAAUGUAGAGGACUUUGUUGUGUAAAAAGUAUGCGUGUUUUGUCAGUAUCUGUAAGGUGUAUAUGCAUUUAUUAUUAUUCAUACUCUGUCUGUAUAACAUUCAGAAGAUGUGUAGCAGUGAACUCAUUACUCUGUCUUAUAUCUUUAUCUUUCAGUAAUGCCUGCAUGAUUAAAUUAAAGUGUGUAUGACUCUACUCAUCAAGACUGGCAGGGCUAAUUGGCACCAGCUAACAAGCUAAAAGGCAUUCAUUCAUUUGCUGUUGAACUCGUUGAUAAAUCUGCUGACAUUGCUAAUGGAAAAAAAUACAUCUGCAAACACAACAUAUAAACCACUCUGUCACGUACAAUGAUUUGACUCAGCAUAGCUCAGUCACAGCCCGAGUACUAUUAAUCCUGUUCUCCUGGCUCGCUAGGCUUCCCUUUCAAAGUAAAACACCUGUGGUUUCUACUCAAGGGAACAAAGUUUCCUCAGCUCCCAACAGCAAACAACUCCAGUGUUAUCUCCCAAGAGUUCUCAGCAGCCAAGUCUUUCCUGACAAUGAAAAUCCCCAUGGCAAGGUGCACUGGGAAAAUUUAGUCACAAUUUUUCUCUUGUGGUUACAAUGACCCGCUCCCCUGCUCAAUCCAAACACACAAACGCACACACAGACACGCAUUAAAUCCCCCGUCGUGUAGAUUUAAACCUCCAGGAUGCUCAUAGUCACUGACUGCAUACACUAAUACAUUGUGGAUUUUCCCCACAGGUGUCAUAUGCACGACCCAGCUCAGCCUCCAUUCGUGAUGCUAACUUGUAUGUGAGUGGCCUGCCCAAGACUAUGACUCAGAAGGAGCUGGAGCAGCUCUUCUCCCAGUACGGACGGAUCAUCACCUCGCGCAUCCUUGUCGACCAGGUCACAGGUAUCCAUGGGGCAGCACCUCCUCCGUUUCACACUUUCAUACAGACACACAGAAUCAACCGAACGCACACAGAGGCCAUCGUUGUUCCUGCCGCUUCAUCACAGUAACUAAAACUGGGAUCUUUCUUAACAAGUGGAGUUCUAGUUAAUAAUGUUGUUGAUAACAGUCAUUUGUUUUGGAGAACAUGCUUGUAGCAGAGAGAUAGUGGGGUGAUCAUAGAUUAUUGUUAGCCCACUAGCAAUAGCUGCAGUUUGCUCCCAAGCUACGAAGGUUUGUUGAGCUUUUUGUAGAGCUGUUCCCAAAGAGCAGAACGUGUUACAUGUAGCAUGAGAGCUCGCAGACAGACCACUGUGUCUUUUUCAGAGCAUGCUGAGUGUUGGUUCAGUGUAUGUUUUAAGUGCUGUGGGCACUUUACUGAUUCAUGUCAGCCUGAAAUGUUCAGCAAGGUGCUAAUUUUACUUCUCCAGCCAGCCAAUCAUGGACUACAUGGGGCAGCACUGACCACCCAAGUGACUAGGAAAACAGAUGUUUUUCAGAAGACCAUCACAGAAAUAGAGACGCCUAUUACAGGGCAGUUUGCCUGUCUGUUGCAGCUGAGUGUUGUGGUUGAUAGAAAGAAACACAGAUAGAUAAUAAAAACAAAGGGACCCAGCUGGUUUAUAAUACAACAUAGCAAUUUCCUUUUUGUUGCCGAAAUUGUCAAAAUUAAUCCUGAUUUUUACCUUUGUGAGGGCUUCUUUGUUGUAUGAAAAUAGUUAUUAACAUAGUCAAAAACCACAUCUGCAGAUAUCAAAAAAAUCUAAUUCUGGAAGCAGACAUUCUGCUUUUUGUGUGCUUUUCAAUAGAAAUUUCAUAAUAGCUCAAUAAUUAGAAACUUUUGCACAGAAUUCCUACCCUGGCUGUGUGCUGUAACCAUAAAAUGAAAUCAUGAGUCAGUUUCUGUCUUUUUUUGAAGAGAAGGGAGAAAAAAUAUUCAUCUUCAGCAUGUUGUGUUUCGGUUUCAGAAUGCCAGUUGGAGAAAAAUCAGAAAGAAAAUAGUGCUGGCUCUAAAAGAUGACUUUUUUCAGGUGGCAAUCUCUAUUAAUUUUCGUAUCUUAAAUAGCCGUAAAAACAGUACAGAUGUUUAAUAUAUGUUUAAAUGACUUCUGUGCAUAUCCCACUUAAGGAGGGUUACUAAGUAAGUAUUGAAAGGGAACAUUACAUGUCAGUUAGAGCUAAACUAGAAUCCCUUGAUUUGACACACGCUUGCCAUAAAAUAAGGGUAUCUGACAAACACACUUGUUUGAUGAAAUUAGUUUUGGCCUAAGCACUUUGCCCGCAGUCUUCUUAGGAUGGCAUUGGAAGUUGAUCUCAAGAGGCAAUUCUUUAAAGCACAGCCCCAUCUGAGGGUUCUGUAGUAAAUGAUUACAUGAGAAGCACAAUCUGUGAAAUAUACAUGCUCAAUUACAUAUUCCACUACAUCCAAAACACAAGAAUGAAUCACAUCAGCCCAUUGUGCUGUAGAGGAACCCCUCCAGCGUGUCUCUUAGAUCCAUUUCAGGGGUUGUGUAUGUGCCUACAGGCUGCAACCUGCUCCAGUGUUAUGUGCAAUGUGUACUGAUGAAGCAGAAAGGGAGCAGCAUGCUGUAAGCCACACUCAUUUGCCUAAGCAGAAUAAAUCACUGCUGGCGCUCAAGUGCACGCCUGUCUGUACACACUGAGCAGACAAGGAGAGAGGCUGGGAGGAGAUGGGAAAGUAGCAAAAAAUUGAACAAAGAAAGAGAGAAAAGGGAGACAGAGGGGAGUGAAGACAGGGUUAAAGAGGCAGAGAAAAUGCAAAGGAAAAGGGGGAAGGCGAGGAAAUCAUGAGAGAGCUGUAAAGAUGCUUGGCCACACAUUUCUGACUGAUGUGUUUUUACUAGCAGACCUGCAACCAUGAUUCUUAGACCCAAAGGAGACCCAGAAAAAACAGUUUUAUCUCAUAAUACACAUCAAGACCACAGUAAACAUCUGCUCAUCCACUGCCAUAUGCACACUGCUGAAUUUUAGCCUCGAUGGCCUGGCUACACGCCAUGAAUAAAACACAUCUUAACACAGGUGGUAUGAGUCACAGGAAGAGAAGAUUUUGUUGCAUUUUUCAUGUGUUCUUUUUUCAUUCAUGUCCAGAUAAAGCUGUGCAACAAUUCAGUUGCCCCUUAGUGAAUAAAAAUGAACACUCACAUUCAACCAAACACAAGUGAGCUAGUUAGGGGUUUUAUGUAACGGUUUCUUUCACUUCCAUUUAUUCAAAGCUGACACUCAAAGGUUUAAUCAUCACACAUUUCACCCUGAAAUAGCAUACGCUGUACAAAAUUUGAUGUUCUGCUGAUGUGGGGCGUCAAAUUGCUAAGAAUACAGUACAUUACAUCACAACCGACACCUCUGUGUAUUUAGUUUGUUGUUGCCUGUUUCUUUGCCAUGUUCAGGCCAGCUAUCCUCUGUUGUUAUGAGAUACUGUUUGCACAGCAGGGCUGAUUAAAGCUAGCAUGUUCAACAAAUGAAUUAAACUCGCCUUGGCCUGAAGUAGGUCAUUGCUUGUUGAAAUUGUCACGUUAGAACAAUUCAGUAAAAAAAGAAACUGAUGUGACACCGCACCACAAGAACUAGAAAAUGUAUUUCUGAUGUUAUUGUUUGUUUUCCUAAUCACACAUGACCACUUUAUUUGUUUAUUUUCUUUCAUAUUACAUUGCCAAUUUUGUGAAGUUUUACCGCUGCAAAGCAUAAACAGAAAACUACUCGAUGAAACAUCAAACUGAUUUAUGCUUGACAUGAAAUCUAACUUCUACCAACUAACAGCACUUCACAAAGAAUAUAUAAUGUUUACUACAUUUUGGCACUUCGCCAUACCACUUUAAAAAAAGUACAACAGCUAUAAACUCUCUCUCUUUUUUUUUUCGCAGUGUUGUAAUACUCUCUCUUAUUGCUACCAGACACAGGUAUCUUUUGUAGCACACAGGCGGUGGAUUUUUCAUUGGUCAGUACACUUUCUCACAUUCAGAACUGGAGGUGUUUGAACACCCUGACCCUGCUAACACCCUUAGCUUCAAUAAUUGCUGUCCUCACUGUGAACCUACAGACUUUUUAAGCUCAAACUGAAACACACAAAGAUCCACGAUCAUCUGCACACUGAAACACAGACUCAAAUGAUAAUAAUGUUAGAGAGGGAAAACGAGAGAUGUUCUGCAAGGUGUCUCCAGAGGGAUAAGGAUCAGCAGGAGAAAUGUUAAUGAUUAAUUAGAUGUUAGACUUGCUGGUGAUUAAAAACAUGAAGGACUUUAGAGCGGCCCUGAGAAUAGUAUGCUGGCAUCAUUGACUCAUCUGUUUCUUCUCUCUGUUACUGUACAGCACACACACACACACGCACACACACACACACACACACACACCCACACACUUGCUGCCAUUAGGAGAGAAAUGGGCUGCAAAUUAAAACUCUCCUGUGACUGUUAAAAAUGUAAGCACAGAACAAGCAGGGGGAGUCAGGAAAAGAUAGAGAAAAGGGAAGACAGACAGAUUUGUGGCGUAGUAGACUGGUGUACAGUGCAAAAAAUUGUGCACUUUCAUGAAUGCAUCUUUGUCAUUAUCAAUUACUGAAAAUGUUCCUGCAGAGGAAGACAAUGUUGUUCAGUUUAUUCUGCUGUGAAGGAAAAAUAUGGAUGGUUUUGUUGUGACUUUAGGUGACUCAUUGUCUCUGUUGAACAAAAGACUGAUUUCGGCCACACCCAUACAUGGUCUACAGAAAGGGAUUCAAUUGUUGGGAUGCCCAGACAGCAAUGCAUAGGAACAGCUAUGCUACAUGGUUGUUGAAAUGAUGGAUAUCCUCUAGUGACCAUUACCAGAUGGGCUGAUGAUUUCCAUCUCCUCCCCUGCUAAAUUGGGAACAUGAAGUCUGUUCUCUAAAUGACCUCCUCAUCAGCAGGAUGCACCCUGCAGUCACUCUUCUGUUCAUGAAGACCAGAAGGAACUUUGAAAACAUCACAGUUAGCAUCGUCCUCAGUCAGAGCCGGCUGAAACAAAUACCACUGAACUGCCAAAUUGCCACAGCGACUCAGGGAGAGAACAAAACAUCAAAUUUACAAGGAUAUCUCUCAGUUUCUUCCUUGCUCUCUUCUGCCUCUUUUCUCUUUUCUUCUGUCAAUUGAUUCCCUCUGAAUAGAUAACAUACUUUGUCUCUUUACUAGUGCUAAUAGUGCCAGCAGGAUUCCCCUCACUCUGAUUCAAACCUUCAGGAAACGCAGCCCGACUGUGAUGUUGGACUCUGACAGCUGGUUUUCAAUUUGCAGCAGAAACAAGAGAAAAUUUUUGGAUCAAUAAUUAGCCAUUUCUACUUCCUUGUUGACCUGUGCUUGUGCAUAUGUCAAUGCUUACCUGAUCAAUGACAGCAAAUACAAUCGAUCUACAGCCUCGGCUUCUACAAACUCUUAUGUGAAACUAAAUUGCCACACAGUGUGUGUAAGGACUGGCAGUGAAAAGGCUAAUGCUGAGUUGCCUUCAUGUGGGAUGGGAGGAAGCAAUGGGAAUGAUUCCCAUGGUAACAAGUCAUGAGUGCUCACAGCAUCAUGCAACUAAAGAUAGUGAUUGCCAGUGUUACUUAAAACAAAUUGCAAGUUAUUUGGCAUUGAGCUAAGUUGUGUGAUAGGCACAUUGCUCCUGAUCAAAAUAGCAUCAAAUUAAAGUAGAGUUACCUUGAAAUUCUGCUGAUAUGAUGCGUCCAUGUUUGAAAGCUUUCCAGACCUUUUGGUGUUAUUUACUGCCAAGUUGUAUUCUGGAUAUUAAAGCUGUCAGAAAAUAUCUCAGACUUUCUCCUUCAAUACAACAAGAAAACACUGCAUUGUUAGAGAAGUUCAGCACUGCAUUACAAACACGCUGCCUGGAGCACACGAUGUGCCUUUUAAAGUCAAGAUUAUGUUUAUGGGGGUAUUGAAAGUCUGGUCAUGUCGUGUUUGGUUGCACGUUUUUAUUUGCACUCAGUGAUCAACACAGAAACUGUUACUGACUGUUUGAAGCUAUAAAAAUGUUGAUUAUGUUUACAUGAAACUCUAAUGGCCCUUCUGCCAAACUAGUCUGAAGAUUACUUGCUUUGUGACUCACCCCUCAAAGACUUUAUCGAAGCUAUUGCAGUUAUAACUGAGACAUUGCUUUGUCCUCAUCAUUUGGGAAGAAAGCCAAAACUCAGAUCUUUCCCCUCGUAGUUUGGUAUUUACAGAGAAAAGAAUACAUGAAUGAACAAGAGAGACAUGAGCAGAUUAGAGAGAGUCUAAAGUGUCACAGGAAAACCGUUAUUUUGCAGCAUCAUAAUGCUAAUAACAUGAUUACUUAAGAGAUGAACAUUUGUGGCUUUCUUAAUUGUUAAAUAUUAAACAUAUAGCAACUUUGCAGUAGUAAUCUUUCCAGUGCGAUAAAAAUGGAGUCCUAAAAGACUCUUUAUAAACCUGUACAGCUCUAUGGUUUGGUUUUCACCUUCUUCCUGUAUUCACACCUCUCAUGUUUGCAGUAUUUUUUCUCAAAGGAAUCACUCUUCCUCUGCUCACUUGGUGCAUUCUCUCCUCUCUUGACUUGAAUAAUGGAUGUUCUCCUUUAGACUGACACCACACUGAAUCCCUGCUCUCUGUCUGUUUGGUAGCACAGAACAGAACGGUCAAGGUAACACCAGCAGAGAGGUGCACCCUCAAGGUGGGAUGACUGCAGCCUUGACUCCUACUACCCGCCCCCCAACCCAUACAUAAUCUUUCAAGUGCGCACUUUGUUUUCGCAGACACACGUGCACAUGCAAGCAUGUAGAGAUAUACACAUCAAUACAUCCACGCACACACACACACACAAAUCAGACAGAUGGUAGAAGCGCUGCUCUGACAAAGGCUAAAGCACAGGGCACCUCCACUCUUCAAAGUGUGUUCACUUCUCUUCUUGCUGCUUUUUCAAACACCAUCUGUACCCAGGCAAACUAACGCAGCUUAAAACAAGGACACUGCAUUUUUUUCCUCCUCGUAAUUAAAAGACAGCAGGAAGAGGGUUUGUUUCUGCCUCUGCCAUAUUAGAAUUCUUUUGGAAAGGCAAGGCUAAUCAUUUGAUACGGCUGGCACACUAUAGCUGCCGAAGUUAAGGAUAAAAGGAUGGGACAUGGCGUAGCGGACUACCUGAAAACCUUUUAAGAUUUUGCCCGUGUCUCCUUGCAUCAGGGCGUGCGUAUACCUUGGUGUUUAUAUGGGCUUGCCUUUGAGUAAACAAUGUUGUGGAAGCUUAAAAACUGAAAAGGAAGUAUGUGUGUUUUCUAACCCAUCAGCUAGGUUUCACCUUCCUUUCUCUUGGCCUCUCAAAGGAGCAGUCAUCUCUCUCUGUCAGUCAGUCAGUUGUUUGGGGAAAUGAUAGUGGGUUUUAGAGAAAGAGCGGCUUUGUUUGGGGCAGGAGUGAGCAAGAAUAGCACUGUUACCUUUCAUCAUCAUCCUUUUACUGUCACUUCCUAACACUCUCCUCUUUCACCUUCUCUCCUUUUGUCCUUUCCUUCCCUUACUCUUCAGUCCCUGCUCUUUUUCUUUUCUCCUUUUCACUCCUGCCUUGCAAAACCCCGCCACCACCACCCCCACCCCGGCACCUGCUUCCUCGUCCUCCCAACCUCUCUUUCUCUUUCUGUUUCCCCCUCCCCAGAAUGAGCUAGCGUGUUAUUAGUAAGGCAGCCAAUGUGCCUGUCGGUGUGUGUUAGAGGGAGAUAAGCACAGGUAGAAAGAGUUACAUAAGCCUCUGUUGAUUACUGUGGAGGAGAGGGAGGGCAGAAAAAGAGAGUGAGAAGACGAGAGAGAGAGAGAGAGGGGAAAAGAGAGAGCGGGAGAGAGAGACAAAUUGCUGUACCUUAGUAAGUACAUUGUGCUCUAAUGUUGCCUGUAUGGCUGGCUGGCAGUUGAUAAGUAGCCAAGGCUUCUAGGCCUGGUUGAAAGGACAGUCAUUAGGAUUGACUCCCUAAACCAGCAGCUUGCUUCAUAGAUUGCAAGUUUGUUUUCGUUAUGUUAAAUUGGAGAAAAAUAAACAUUAAUAUAAUGUGACAGAGCUGUUAUUCAUGUAACACUUGUUUUGUUGCUUCAUGGAACAAUGUUUCACUGGUGUAUUCAAGCGACAGUUUGUACUUUAGAUAGAUAUCUUGCAGCAAGUAAGGAUACCAUUGGGAAAUCCUGUAUUUGUUUUGUUUUAAAGAAAGGUGAUGAAAAAAAACAUCAGAAUCAAGUUACUUUUUCUGUAUUGCAAGUGUUGCCUCGUCUGGCUAAAACCUAAAAACACCCUCUUUUCAUUCCUCUUCAUAAGGAUACAUUGAUUGUGAAUAUCAAAGCCAAUACUAAUAUGGUAAUUGGUAAAAGGACUAUAUAAAUAAAGUGCUUUCGUACAUCACGUCACCUGUUCACAACAUAUUCACACAAUGAUGGCAGAGGCUGCUAUUUUAAAGCAAUAGCAGCCAAUAGUUGCUUUACAAAUUAGAAGUCUUAAAUACUCGCUUGACAACAUUGCUAUGAUGUGUUAAAGAUAAGAUGGUAUAAAAUUAUAGACUUUAAAUACUGGAUGUAGCAUCAGUGAUGUCACCCUCCAGUUGGCGGAGGUCGCCAUAUUGGAAAUGUUGUCUCAACCAAACAUUCAGUCAGUGUGCCAUAGGCAUUUAGCCUCCUCCCAUUGACUACAGUGUGCCUGCCUGUCAACCAAGUCAGCUGUGCCUCUGAUUUGUCAAGCCUGUGUCCUGAAUGCAAACUCAAUGAAAACCAACCUUUUACAAAAAAAUCUCACUCCCCACACCAUGGGUGCCAUGGGAGCCAUGGCCAUGACCAAGCUAGUCAGACCAAAACCAUUUGCUGAACCAGGUUUCAAGCGUGUUUAUAUUAGCUCUUAAAACUGUCUGUUUUGGCUCAGUGUGUACAUGUUUCUUGUGCGUCUGCAGCCAACCUCAAGCGGGCACUCAGGAACUGCAGUUCUUAGUUCUCCAACUGGAGCUUUCCGCUUGGAUAAGAAACAGAUAAAUAUGGAUGCACCUAACGAUUAUUUUUCUAUGGAUUAGUCUAACGAUUUUUUUUUCGUCCCUAUAUGCAAUCAAUCGUAGCGCACCGCCAUGGUUAAAUAAAAGCCGCCACACUUUAAAAAUGAGUUAUUUUUUCCUUACGUGGCUCUACCUCAGAGUCAUGUGUAUCAGUAUACAUAUGUUAAGCGGAGCUCGCGUGUGCCGAGUAUUAGCAUUAGCGAGCUUUCGUCGGCGAUCACACAGCUGAUUAAUUAGCAAGUUAUAGGACAAAUAAAAGCACAAAACUGAUGCUUCAACUCUGAGCUAACUGCUUAAAGUGAGUGAAUUAGAUAUGGGAUGCAGGUUGUAUGAUGCAGCGUUCACUGUGGUGGCUUAUUUUAUUUGAUUGACAUGUCACUGCAUGUCUCCUUGAAUGAAAACAGCCCGAUCUUGGAAAUAGAACCAGGAAGAACACAUGCAUUGAUGUAGAGGAGCUGCUCAUAGAUCAUGCUAAAGUAGAUUUUAAAUCGACCCCAUUAGGUGGAGCUCUUUUGCUGUCCAUGCCUCCACCGUUGCCUGAAGUAGCCACUGUCUAUGUCAUCAUGCGGUAUGUUUUCUGCGUCGACAAAUUUUUGGAAGCGAGAAUCACCCCAGCCCUACAGAUAAACUUAGACUUAGACUUAAACAUAAUCAGAUAAUGGCAUCAUUGUAUACUAGAUGAGCCAUUAUCUGUAAACAGAGCAAACAUUUGGUCGAUGCAUCCCUAAUUCUGUGCUGUAGAUGUUUACUGUUGUUCAAUUUUUUUAAAUUAUAGCAUUACGAUGAUUGACAUAUUCUUAAUAUGAUGAAACCUUUGUGCAAGAGGAAUGAAAGUAAAACACAGUCAAGACAGAGACUAAACCCCUUUUUUUUCAUUUUGAUGAUAAAGUUAAAUUAGACACAACCAAAGUUGUCCUUCUUAAGGCUAAUGCUGAAAAACUAACAGAGGUCAAAUUAGAGACAGCUGCUCUGUCUUCAAGUUACUUUUUCUGUAUCAUAUCAUUUAUGCGCAUAUAUAUAGUGUACCAUUGAUUGCUUUAGUCUGCAUGUUAUUUAUGGUUAUUAUUGCGAAGACACACACAGGUACCUUGCUAUCAUAAGGAAAUAUUAUGAGUACGGGGUCAACUACCACCUCACCCCUCUAACCUCCUUUUACUGCUGCUGAACAAACUCAAGGACAAGAGUAUCUGGUGCUCACGUAAAACGACACAAUACACACUCACGGUUUAUAUACAAACUCUGCAUCAGCCAGGGUGACCAUGAUUACAAAUGACUUCACACAUCUCUACUCCCCUUUUCAUACUCAGUACUCAUUCUCAGUAGCACCUCUUCAAGUCAUCACUUAAGUGUGUGUGUGUGUGUGUGUGUGUGUGUGUGUGUGUGUGUGUGUGUGUGUGUGUGUGUGUGUGUGUGUGUGUGUGUGUGUGUGUGUGUGUGUGUGUGCCUUCAUCUGUAUGCCAAGCAUUUGUCCGGGGGCCCUCCAGCCAGAACCAGCUUAGGAACAGCUCAAGGCCAAACAAGUGCAAGGAUUAAAGGACAAAUACAGUCCUCUCUUCCCUCUCUUGUCUCAGUGGAGGAAGUGAAUGAGCAAUACUCUCUCUCCCUCUCUCUCUCCUCUUCUUUAACUACUGCUGAGGUGCCCUUGAGCAAGGAUUCUGGGGUUGUAAAGUGCAUUACAGCACUAACGGCUGUGAAAAUGGGCUGACAUGACUAAUCCAGAUAAGACAUGGUGUUGGAUGAGCUGGCAUGGUUGGUUAAUUUAAAAUCCAAAAAAAAGUAUGUCGGUAAUCACAGUUAUUGGCUCCAACACCAAAAUAACUCAGAGUUCCUUAAGACACAGCACUGACCUGUGUCUUACCUCACAUGCAGCACAUGCAGGACGACUACAGUGAUGGCUGUUGUUUGUGUAGAUCCCAUUAGGAUUGUUAUUUCUCUGCUUCUGACAAGCUAAUUAAAAUGUACAGGUACAGACUUGGCACAAGAGAAAGUGAGGGAGACAAAAUAGUGAAAGGCUGUCAGGGGAGGGAGGGAGAAAGGUAAAAAACUAGAAUAAAAAUGACUCAUUUACACUAAAUCAAGUUUAUGAGAUCAUCUAACAAGCAGAAAAGGAAAUGCUGUGAUUUAGAGUGUGUGUGGUCAGUGAAGACCAUGAUGUGACAUGAUUUCUUUUCUGUUCAGGAUGCAGAGUAAAAACCUUUUCAAUAACACUGCUAGUAAAACCUCAGCUCUUACUGGAAUCCCAUCUCAUUUCAUAAGACGCAGCAGAUUGAUUUGAAGAGUGGUCACAUUGGUUUUAUGUCUGACUGCAGCCAAAAGUUGUUAACUUAACUGCUUUAGGAGAAACACAGAUCAGCACAGUUUAGAGUAAAUGCAGCAAAGGAAAGACUCCCAGUGUUUGAAAGGAGUAAAAAAUUGCAGACUGAACUGGAAAUUAUAUUCCUAAAGUCUGUGUUUUUGCAAAAAUAUUGAUUAUUUUACAAUCAAAUCUUAAACCAAUAUGUCUACAUAUUUCGAAGGGAAAAGAAUAAUUGAACCAAAAUUCCCAACAUUUCUAGGUAAAUACUGGACUUUGAAUGAGAAAGGAGAAUUUAAUUGGCUUUCAUAGAGAAGCUUAGUUAUUGUGUAGCCUUGCUACAAAGUAAAUAACCUUGUGCUGCCCAUCUCCUGGAGAGAAAAAGAGAACAAAAGGGGGAGUGAGCUGGUCAAGGUGUUUGUCCGAAUAAGAAUUCAGAGGAGGAGGCACCAAGAGAUGAGCCAACAGGGAAGUAUAAAAAAGAAAUGUGGAGAGGGAUGGCAUGUACAAAAACGUGGAAUAACAAUAAGAAGGGUUUUCAUGUGUGAGAAAGAGAGAGCACACAAUAAUGCUCAAACACAAAAUUCCCCUCUUUCUUUCUUGCUGUCUCUCUUUUAUUCAGUCUCAGCCACACAGACAUGCUUGUGUGCACACACAGUAUUAUGUAAAUAGUCUCUUCGGCAGAGUGCUGCUGUCACUGAGCAAGCAUCCUCUGGGCCAUCUAGGCAGCCUCAUUAAAACAAGGCACAGCAUCCAUUAAUAGAUACCAGUACACUCAUACACACACACACACAUGCUUUCACACACACACACACACACACACACACAUAUAUGUAUAUAAAACAGUAACACACGUAGAGCAUUCACAGACACCAAUAAAGGACCUCCCAGGAAGCACAGCUCUAAAUGUUUCUCUCAGGUGGCAGUCAAAAAAUGUCUCCAAGGAAACGGCUCAAAUGUCACUGAGAACAAUGUGAGAGGAGUGUGUGUGUAUGGCUGACUGCGACUAGAGCUGGCAUGGGAGAAGAAUGGACCGUGAGGCUUAAAACAGAUGGAGGGGCAACACCACAACACAUCCUCGUACCUUCAGUCACAACAAGACAAAUCAGUCACAUGGUCCAUAGUCCAAAUCAGAGGAUAAAAACAAUAUGAAGUGUUAAGACAAUGUCAAAGCCCUUUAUACUUCUAUAGGAGUAGGAAAUAAGGUGGAAAAUGUACCACAUGUGGAAGUCUUAAAAGUACUUUGUGACCUAAAAUAACAAAACACACUCAAACAAGGUAUUACCAUUGUAAAGACUGCAUCUGUUGUGUCUAAAACCUGUAAAGUAAAAGGGGCCUGUGUUUGUUUGUGAUCUGCUGGCCCCGCAGGUGGCUCCCGAGGUGUGGGCUUCAUUCGCUUUGAUAAGAGGAUAGAGGCAGAGGAGGCCAUCAAGGGCCUGAACGGACAGAAGCCAUCAGGUGCCGCCGAGCCCAUCACUGUCAAGUUCGCCAAUAACCCCAGCCAGAAGACCAGCCAAGCUCUCCUGUCACAACUCUACCAGUCUCCCAACCGCCGAUACCCCGGUCCCCUCCACCACCAGGCUCAGAGGUUCAGGUGAGUGAUGGUGCAGGGCAUGGAGGUCAAAAAGGAGAUCAAGGUGCUGUAGAGACUUUAUAGGGAAGGAAAGGAUUUGGCUGGUGUUGUCAAAGCAUGGAGAUUAAAACCUAUUUUGUAAUGUUAAUGGUGCAUACAUGUCGCAGAGUUUCCCAACCUUGGGAGCUGACUGUUGUUCGUUUCCUCACCCCAACAAGAGUCCUAAAUAAAGUAAAAUAAAUCUCUGUGUCAAGGGACUCAGAGUCAUAAAUGCUUUAAGACCUACAUUUGAAAACAUCAGGUUCUCUGGCUAAAAGUUAAAGGUAAAAUACUUAGAAUGUAAAGCGAGAACUUGACAACUCCCAAGGUGCAUUUUGGUCAAAAUCAUGAUAGAAUCUAAUAUUCAUAUACCUGCAAGGGACACUUAUAAUAGAAUGAUCACAGUUGUAGCUUAAAUUAUGAUACAUCCUAAUUUUUGAAGAAUUCUGAGCAGUUUUAACCAUUCUGCAACACUUGAACCAUAUUGUUAAUCACUGCAAAAACCAAGUGCUUUUUUAUCAGUGUUAGUUCUUAUUAAAGGUUUUGAAUGGCUGCUCCUUUCUGGCAAGUGUGGUAAUAGCUUACCAGGGUCACUUUAGGAUUACGAUCCAUAACUUAAAGCGACAAAAAUAUGUUUUCUUUAUAAAGUUUGUCUAAAUACUCAAACCUGAUGGUAAGAGCAAAAACCAAUUACAUUACUUACCAGAGCCAGUGUCCUCCCAGAAUCCUCGGCUCCUUUCCAGAGUCAAAAUGAUGUAACCAAAUGAAACCCAUAGUGACCCAGAUAUUAUCAGAAUUAGAUUAAGAAUGGGGUCACUGGGGCCAUGUGCUCCGAAGGUUGGGAAUCUCCUAGUUAAUGUGUCCAAAGUUAUGAUUAAUGGGAAGCAAAUAGUGUUGAAUUGAACAGAAAACAGGUACAACGACACAAGUAUGAUGUUCUGUGGAGAUAUUACUGUGUUGGUAACAUCUAAAAAAAAACAGAAAGUCUCGCUCUUCUGGUGUGUUUGUUUAUACCCAAUGACAGCCAGUGCUAUCUGAUACGUUGGCAAGAAAAAUUUGAAAUAAUCCGUUUUCAGCUCAACAGUAACUAUCCUUGGAUUGUGUGACCAAAAACACACUGAACUUAGUGAGCAAGUUUGUUUCAGACAACAGGCCUGAUUUGGAAAACAUUUGCACCAAAUGCAGUUUACCGUGUUCGAACAGGGGAUGUAACGCCUACACAUCAGGAGCAUGAGUCACAGCCACGUCUGUGUACAAACAAUGAUGCAACUUUUCUCCUGUGAACAUUGAUUUGAGCAAACACAUCCCCCUUUUGAACAAACAGAUGUUAGUUGUGCACCUGGUGCAGGUGUCAAUAAAGCAGGCCCUGCAAGUGCCCUGAGUGGGUCCACCUAGAUCAGAGAGGAACUGUUCAGAAGAGACUGUGGGGUUCUGUCGUUCACAAAUACGUGUUUCCCCUCAUUUCAUCAUGCUGCCAUUCAGCCAACACAUCCCUAAAUAUUCCCACUGAGGCCUGGGUGAAAACAUGGAUUUAGACAUUGUAAAUGUUAAUCAAAUAAAAGAGAGGAGAAAUUUUGAGUCACCGUCAUAUUGAUAAAAUAGACCAUGACAGUAAACUAUAUUCUCGCAGUUCGGCUCACUUUUAAAUACUAAAAAGACCUUCAUGUGUAUAAAUGUGUUGGAUGACAAUCUACAACUAACACUGCUCUAGUUCCUGCAGUAGACGCUAAAGUUACAAAGACAGACUAACAGCUUAAAUCCAAUGAACAAAGGGCAAAUUAAAAACAAAUGGUGCUUUAAUUAAUUUAAGGAUUUGUGGUUUAACCUCAUUUCUGUUUAAUUAAAUACAGUACAUAUGAAAUACCUUAAGCUGUUUUAAGUCAUGUUGAAAAAAAGUUUUUUCCUCCAAGGUCAGAAAUCUCUACAGUAAUCUAUCAUUUAACAUCCUAUACAGUAAAUGAUGACUUACUGUAUAUAUGGCAUCCCGCUUGGUCAUAUCCUGUCACUCACUACAGACAUAACUAUUCCUUUUUGUCUAAGUGUUUUAAAUAAUCUUUUACUGCACCUGAAGAAAGCAAAAUGAAAACAGGUGAUCAUAUGAAAUCACAAUCAUUCAAUCCAACAAGAGCUUCUCAGGAUUGCAGCCAGAAUAUGUGCUUAUACAAUUUCCUCUCUCUUUCAAUAACACUAAGCCGGUCGUGCUGUUUACUCUCCAUCAAAGUCAGAGCUUGGAAGGUAUUUUUCUUGUGGAGCGGCUUCCCUGGUGUGACACCUGAGCGAUGUAGCGUGGCUGUGUGUCUGUGAUACGCCAAGCCAAUUUACAGGCUCUGCAGGAGAGCUGUCGCUUCUCAUCACAACUCACAACCACAGGACUCUUCCUCACUGUGUCCCUGUGCUCCUGCUCUCUGCUCUCAAGCCCUCCUCUAAACCCUCAACACUUCCAAGUUUAAAAUGUGCACACUAUUUCUUUUUUUAACUUAACUCGUUCAAGAUCACGCCGCAAAACAACUCUUUCCCCUGAGCGCAGUGAUCCGUAUCUGCUCGCUGUCUCCUUGACGAAACAAAACUUGAUUUAGAGUUAAAAGUUAUAAUUGUGUGUUUAUAAGGUAAUCAAAAGUGUUAACAUGAAAAUAAGCACAGUUUAGAUUAUUGUUUAAAAUAUUGUUCAUUAGAUAUAUUGAGAUUGUGCCACUUACAGGUGACAUCCAGAGCAGGAUACAGUGCUAUCAUGCUACAUGCUAUAUAAGUAUAUCUAUCCUGUGUGACUAAAUCACAUGUAACACUAGUAAACAUUUAAUAAGCUUAUAUGAUCUCUCUAAGACAGCAGACAUAAUUGACUUUAACACAAUACACCGAGCCCUAGAUUCUGGCUCGUUUCCGAUCCUCUGUCGUUAACUAAUGGUUCUAAUUAGCAAAUUAGCCCUAUUAUAUCCAGGGCAGGAGACAAUUUUAAUUGAAAAGAUUUUCGUUUCAAAAAGACAAAAACGCCCCUUCCUCCAUUAACAUGCAUUGAGGGAGACACAAAAGCCCUAUUGUUUAGAUGGAGCUUGGAGAGGCGGUGUGAAAAGCUGGAGUGUUUGCGCGGUGAGUGUGCAUCAGUGUGCAUUCGUACAUGUGUAAGAGAGAGAGAGAGAGAGAGAGAGAGAGAGAGAGAGAGAGAGGGUUAGCAGCAGGUUGUUUUGUUUGGGACCCAACGGCCCGGCGGCCAGCAGAUGUCUUUCGUGCUCCCAGGCCUAGAGCUCCUCUCCUCUGAGCAUCCUCUCCAAUUGACUCAUUUACCCACAAAGCAGCCUGCUUGUACCCCUCCUACAUAAUGGGCUAAUUACAGCUUUAAUGAGUCUGUGUAUCCUAUUUUCUUUGUUUUAAGGCUCCUGUCUUAGUGUUUGGUAAUAUUAAAAAAGAGAAUUUGAGAAUACUUUAAACAUAGAAAACAUGUGAGACUACAAUUGACAGAAAAAUGUGAAAUGUGAUCCAAUUUUCUGAAUCUAGUACCUUGAAAUAUGGUGUACAAGACACACUUUAACAACUUUUUAUCCAUGUCAAAAAUGAGCUACAUCCUAAAUACUGCUACAACCAUAAACCACAAAAUGCAGGAAAAGUUAUUCAAUUAUGGUGCAGUAUUUUUACCAAGAAGAUGACACUAUAAUCCUGCAAAAGCUUUGCAAUUUACAUGCUAUCAGAAUUGUUACUGGAGUCACAACUAUCAAUGCUACCACAGGCUGAGUUCAGCCAAUGCACUACUAGCUAGCAAGAUUGUAAACCCAACAUUACAAAAAUAGACGCUAAGGAAGAGCUACACGGCUGCACAAUCACUGCACAUUGUGGACUAUGCUGAAUGCACUGGUCAUUGACUCUACAGUGUCAACAAGAAAAUUGUUUCUGCACUCAACAGAGUUGGGCAGCCAAAUGCUAUACAAUCUAUAAGUGUGUGUUUUAAUAUGUUUCAAUUAAAAAUAAACCAACAUACGUCUAAAAUAGCUUGUUUUAAUUCUUAAUUUAAUUGAUAAUAUAACAAAGAAAACCAGAAUUCUCAGAAUGAAACAGGUGGAACAGGUCAUGUUUCAGGUUGUUAAUUACAAUAUCCAGUCUCCUGGUGCUGAACUGCAAAUGGUUUAAGACUGCUGAUGUCUUUCUCUGAAAUGUGUUACAAUUUAUAUGAAGUAGCAUAUAAAACAAGAUUAUUUUUUACAAUUUAUCUUUAAGAGAAAUCAAAUUUGACUGCUUUCUGGAACUGCAAUUGAACAUAAAUUUGUGUGUAUUUGGGGUAAGAAAAUCUAUUGUAAAUGGUGUAGUUGUAGAGGGGUUAGCUAAAUCACUUUGCAGUAAAAAAUACCAAACUUUCAGUAUCCCUGAGAAACUUUUACUGGUCACCUUUAGGCAUUGGUAAAUACUGUGUAGAAGAUGUGUUCUAAGAAAGCAGAUGCUUGUUUAUUGAAAAAAACAACCCUGAUGGUGGAGUCAAAGUCGGAGAGUUUGUUGUGUUUUCAAGAGGAACGAGGUGUCGCCAGCCAGCUGUUGCUCAAUAAGCCGUGGCCUCUGUCCAUUAGGCCAGAGGAGUUAAUAAGACAUGAGACAGGCCAGACCCAAGUGACAAAUGAAGGUCAUUGAGUCACAGAGCAGACUGCAUCCAUCCAAGAGGGCCAACAUUUCAUACAGCCCACAGGUUUCUGAAGCCUCACAGACGCACACACAAGACUCACUUGGUUAUUAAACACACACACGCUUAAAAAAAACUGGAUUACCCUUACUGACUACGAUGGCUGAAGUUAGAGGGCUAAAAUUAUCCUGUAAGCACAGAAUAACCUUUAAACAAAGAAACCUCAGCCAUUCCACCCUACCGAAUAACAUCCACUUUUUCAUGGCUAGUUUUAUGUUCACUUGUUCUUUUGUUGGUUCACUUCAUGGAAAACAUGCUAAUCAUCAUCACCUCUCUCGCUCACCAUCAUUCAAACGCCGAGCCAUUACACUGACAGAACUCUGGAUCAUUUCCAGUCAUCCCAGAUGUGUUCUCUCUAUUGAGUUAACACAAAUCAUUGACAAAACUUUAUAACAAGAAAUUUUAUUACCCUCCAUCUUCUGAUGAACUCAUCAAUGUGGCGGCAUGAAUUGUAUGAAUAACCCCAUGCAAUUCCCUGCACCCAAAUAAACUGACGAUUUACCAUAGUGCUGCACUAUGGCUAGCAAAGCAUUCUAGUAUAGCAAUGCUAUGCUACGCUGCCACCCUGCCACCACUAUUCUUCUGUAUGCGUACUGUAAUACUGAACUGUGACCGGUACAUUGCUGUAGUCUUGAAUUACAAUUACAGUUGCAUCAAUUUUCUAAGCAAUGUGCCUUUAACACUCUGCUCUGGCGUUAGCUAGUGCAGCAUUAUGCUAAAGUCUUUUCUCAAGUAAGGGCAGCGGUGGCUGACCAAACAAGUGCUGGCCAUACUGAUGGUACUGUAGCUUCAUUAUCUGAUGAUAGUAUUUUGUGGUGGGGCUCCUCAGUGUAAUGGGCCAACUAUAGAUGGGUUUGUUUGUUCUUGAGUGAGGAGAACCAUGCAGUUCCUGCAGGGACUUAACAUUAGUUCCAUUGAGUGAGUCGACCAUCUGCCCACCAUUAACCCCAGAACCCUCCUUCUCUUUACAGGCUGGACAAUUUGCUUAAUAUGGCCUAUGGCGUAAAGAGGUAAUUAAAAACUUCACCCAAUGCCAGAUGUCCAUGUUGACUCAAUGAUUUUUCAAUAUCUUUUUUUUUUUUUUUUUUGCUCUGUUCUUUUCUUAGUUUCUGUUUCCUUGUAUUUUUGCAGUCACUUUGCGUUUGACAGUUUGUUCAAGGUCAACUGCAUCUUUGUUUUUUGUUUCUGUUUUUCUUUCACGUAAUCUUGAGUUGGUUUGAAAACCCUCUACCAACUAGUUAAAAUGUUUAAUGAAAAAAAGAAAACAAUUAGUCCUUGUUUUCAGUGGUGAUGAAUUUGCUUUGUUUUGAUUAUGAAAAGUGCUGGUGUUGUUUGGAUUGUUUUUGGGUUGUUUUCUGUGUGCUGAAUGGAUUUUUCUCUGGUGUAAAACUCCUAAUUUCAAGGUGUGUUUUUUUUUUCUACCGGAUUCAGGUUCUCCUGCCUGUCACUGUCACACGACAGCUUUAGCUUGGGCACAGUACUUUUUAAGCAACAAAACUCACAUUUGUUGAAUUAAAGGUUAUUUCCUUACAACACUAUUAGAAUAAAAUUUUCUUACAUCCGAUAUCAACUAAAAACACAAUCAUCUAUUUGUAUUGGAAAUACAUCACAAGUACAUGCUGCAGUUUUCAGCAAGGACAAUGGAUAAGGCUGGAUGAACCUGGAUCCCUGCUGGAAACAGGAAACGCUGUUUCAUUGCAGACAGCUCCAGCUUUGCUCGGCACUGCUCUGCUCAAAUUCCUUCCUUUCGCCUCCAUGUUUCAUUUUUGCUUUCGAGCUACCAUAGGUGUUACAUAAGCAAGAGCAGCAGCCACUGUAGUGAUAGAUGUUUCAUCUGCUGAUGGUGACAUCUUGCAUGUUGCAAGCACAGGGGACACCAUCUGAAGGCGGCUUAGCCACCCAAACAGAGAGCAAAUUUUAUCUUGAGAGAAAUGUUCCCAAAGAAAGUUUCCAAAAAUAGCUUCGAUAUUGGCAAAUGCAGGAAUUUAGACUGUAGUCACAGGUUUAACUCUUAACGUCUGUGAUACUCACUCUGAGUAUUUACAUAACUCUCGAAGGUGAUUCUGUGGUUACGACUGUAUAGCUCAUCAUCAAGGUUAGAAGUGUGUCUCAGUGAGGUAAGCAUUUGAAAGGAAACAGAAGAAAGGUGUUGAGAGCUGGCUGGAGAUGGUUGCUUUUACAAAGGACAGAAUAGAUAUCUGGUCAGCUACACUGUUGCUAUGCAACCCCUGGUCUCGUCUGUAACAUUGGGUAGUAUUUGGUCCUGCUCUGAUGGGUACGCUGACAUGAACGCUUACACACAUGCUCACACAUGAGCUUACAGACACCUUAUCUUCACAUCCUCACAGCAGCAACCUAAGCUUGAAAACAAAAUAUUACCAAGUUUUGUUUUUGUUUUGUUUUUUCCUGUUUGUAAGCUUAGCAGGGGAGGCCUGAAUGCUGCCGAGCAUGUCCGAAAAGUUCUUAAUCUUAGGAGGGUGUCUACCUGUUUAAUGCUAAAAGAUACAUUGAUUGAUCAACCAGAUUUUAUAAGGUAAUAAGUUUGUUACAAAACAUUUCUCUGUUGCAAGAGCAUGCCCUGGAGAGAUUACAAAAAACCUUCCUGCAACUUAAUCAGAAUGACUUUCAAUGUCAUAAUGUAUAUAAUCUUAAAAUUACUAAUAGCUAUCUACAAAUAUAUUCAUUCUUACUUUUCUAGUACUUAACUCACUUCAUUCAGUGCAAAUAACACUCAACACAAUAGAGCUAACCACCUUAGUUUCUUUAUGUCUGUAGUGGCCAGAUGUAAACUCUACAAGGCCAAAGUCACACAGGAAGGUCAUAGUGAUUGCUAGCCAUAUAUAGUUGCAGGAGAGAGACGGGCGGGGGCCCUGAGCAGCAAGCAGCGCUAUCGAUCAGUGCCACGAGCUUGGGAAUAGAACAGAAUAGAACACCCUGCAGACUGCAGGAGGAGUGGGAGGAAUACACUUUGUACCUUAAUGCCACUGGGCUGUAAAGUGCUUCCAUUUUCCAUUUAGUUGGCUCCCUCUUCCCUCCCUCCCUUCCCCUUAAGAAGGCACCCUUCUCUGAGACAGCUGCAGCAAAGCGGAAAUCUCAAUUAAAGCACACCCAAUAAUGCCUAUAGUGGUUUCUUGGUGAGAGGUGGCAUAAAAAAUGAACCUUUUUAUCUCAUUUACCUUUUAUUUAAAAGUCGGGAUACUUUUUUUCCUUUCCCUUUUCCUUUGAGCGGAAAGGCAAUUAAGUGAAGUCAACUGAGGAUUCAAAUCUCUUGCAUCACGAGAAAAAGGAGAAGAUUAUGAGGCGAAUGAGAGCAGAUUUAGCAGGCUGGUGCAUGAUCUUUGAUGGAUUUCUAGCAAUGGUUUAAUUCAACAACUUCCUGCAAUUUAGCUCCUAAAGGAGCCACUCAAGGACACAAAGAGAGAACCUUCGGCUGCAUCUCCUUCAACUGAAAUAUAGCCCAGCAUGCCACACUGUCAUCACCCCUGAUUGGAGGCCUUUCAGAACUGAGGAGCAAGGGGAAGAUUUAGUCGUAGCUUUACUUGCACUCAUACAAACCCAUGCAUUAGACAAGAACACACGUGCACAUACAUUAAAUUUUCAUACAUGUGCAUUCUUUUUAUCUGAGUUUUGCACCUUGCUUGGCUACAAUGUCCUGUAGUUUAAGAAGUAAACACUUUACAGGUGAUAUUUUGUGCUAGGUUUUUAACUGCUACAGACUGGAGAAGGUUAGCAAGUAAGAGUCUAGGCAAGAUAUUUGAUUGGAGGUAUUCUAUUUGUGCAUUUCACUCUCAAACACCGAGGUAUAGCUAGGAUUUCACUGGUUUAAGGCCAUUUCUUGUUGACUAGAUGCAGACAAAAAGUUCCACUGUCUUUGCCUAUUCAAUUCAAACUAGCUCUUGUCUCUCCCCCUGUCUGUCCGCUCUCCCUCCAUCUCCCCACUCUGCCUCCCUUUUUCAGGUUCUCCCCCAUCACCAUCGACAGCAUGACUAGCCUGGUGGGCAUGAACAUCCCUGGGCACACGGGCACCGGGUGGUGUAUCUUUGUGUACAACCUGUCCCCAGAUUCAGACGAAAGCGUGCUCUGGCAGCUGUUCGGGCCCUUUGGUGCGGUCAACAACGUCAAGGUGAUCCGUGACUUCAACACCAACAAGUGCAAAGGCUUCGGCUUCGUCACCAUGACGAAUUACGACGAGGCAGCCAUGGCCAUCGCAAGUCUGAACGGCUACAGGUUGGGCGAUCGUGUCUUGCAAGUCUCCUUCAAGACUAACAAGACACACAAGUCCUGAACUCUAGCAGGUACAUGCAGUUGCCCCACGACUUUGUCUGCCCCGAAAUUGCCCCAACCUCCCCACCCACCUCCUUCCCCUUCACCUCCACCUCCACCUGUCCCUUACCCCCUUCAGUCACUACCACUACCACCCUACAACAGCCAUCUAACGCAGCAAACUCAAACUCCAACUGGAACACAAAGCAACCAACAAACCAUCAAACAAAUUGAACUAGAAAUGGCUUAUAUCAUAACUUUGGACCUAUAAGCCAAUGUUGCCUAAGUAUUACAAAAAUGAAAUGAUGAAAAUGUUCAUGAGUUUUUCGGAAGCUUCUGUGAUAAUGCAGGCUUCUCUUUGUUGUAUAUUCUUUCUGUUUGUUGUGGUUGUUCAAAUGAUUUUUCUCUUCUGUGUAAACAGUAGCAAAUCCCUGUAUCCCCUUAUUUCAGAGAAGAGAAUGUCCUUUUUAGAUUGAAACCUUUUCUCUGUCUUGAUUCAGGAUUUGUUUUUCUUUUGUAAAUCCGGAUCCACUGUCGUUAGUAUUAUAUAUACAUAUAUAUAUAUAAAUAUAUAUAUAUAUAUUUAUAUAUAUAUAAUAUAUAUACCUCCCUGUCAAUGUAAGGGAGGGGGCUCUUUUUUAAAUUAGUGAACCAUUCAUUCAUUUUUAGUGUGUAAUAAAAAUCUUCCCCUAAUCAAUUAUGAUGGGAUUCGGCGAUCCCAGUAACUCUGAUGUAGAAAAAAUGAAUUUCUAACAUUGUUUUUGUUUUGUAUCGCAAACAAAACAUAAUGUCUUUCCUCACAGGGGUUCAGGGAGAUGGGGCGAGGGAGGGGAUGGGUUAGCUUUCCUGAUGACACGUUCAGUAAUUUAAGAAAAAAAAAUAACACUGUUGCCAAAGAGAAGAUCUCUUUGCUUGAAAAAAAAUGCGUUUAGAAAAAGAUAAAAAUAAAGAGAAAGAAGAUCUAUUUUUAUAAAUGAUAAUUAAAAUAAUAAUUAUUGAAGAAUUUUUACAAGAAUCUGGAUUUGAAAAAAGAGAAAAAUAUUUUGACUGGCUAACUAGGGGGGGCCGGGGCGGGAGGGAGGGGGCACCACCUUGUCUUGUCGUUCUGCCGUGGUACUUUAUAGGAUCAAAGGUCGUUUGUUUUUUGGGAAAUCCAAGAUGGCGGCGAUUUUGUAGAUGGAAGGUUUUGUGAAAUGGAUGCAAAUCGAGGCAGGUGAUUUUGGUAAUUUUUCACAUAUGUACUAGUGCGUAAUUAUUCAACAGCGAUACCCAAAAGGGAAGGGAAAGGGGUCUUUCUGAGGCCUAACCAUCCUUAUAGUCCAGAGCCCAAAGCAAGAAGAACCUUUGUCCACUUGUUUUCCUGUUUUUGUCAUCAGUCGAUAUGGGAUCUCAGUAAAUAGAUAUAUACACAUCUAUCCAUUUAAAGAGCAUACUAUACAUUAUCUAUAUCAUUUUCUUUGCUCUGCGUUUGUGAACUUACAUUUGAAAAGAACUUCCUUUUAGCGAUCAACAGUAGGUGCUAUACUACAUUAUUCACAUAUCUUAAAUAUCCAAGUUUGUUGUUCUAUGUGUUGUUUAAAGAAAAAAAAUACUUCGAUGUUGGCAUUGACUUGAGCUGCUGUUCUUUGUUUAAUAUUUGUUUAUUGUUGGCCCACAGAUCUGGUGAGACUAUUUCUUUGCUGAAUAACCAGAUUACUGAAAAAGGGGCCUUGUAAGAAUCACUGAACAAACUUUUAUUUUGUACUUUUCUGUUUGGCUUGCUGACUUUUAGGUUAUUUGCUGAGCGUGAAACGUUUGUCAAAACUAAAUGAUGAUUAGCUAGUUCCGUUAGUCUAGAUAUUUGUUUCCUUAAAAAGGAUCUAUGACAACUGUGUCUUUAUUUGCUGUGUACAAAUAGAUGAUAUAUAUAUACAUAUAUAGUCUACAUUUGUUUUACAAUAUCUACUGUACUAUAUGAGUUGUCACUGUUCUUUUGUUUGAGCUUGUCUUUUUCAUAUGACAACUUAUUAUGAAGUGGUGGUUCAGUUACUUAGAAAAACUUGUGAGGAAACUGUUCAAUUGUUGUCAUGUUGCUUGUGGAGAAAAAAAAAGAUUUGGAUUAACUUUCAGUUAGCUGCCGCGGCAAAAGAAACCGAACAAAAGCUUAGAAUAUAACUGUAUUGGUUUAUUUAAUUAUCUAUUUUUUAACUAUUUAUUUUUCUAUUUAUUUAUAUUUAUUCUAUAUUUAUUAAUUGAUUGAUUUAUCUGUGUAUUUAUGUAUUUAUUUGUUUCAUUGUCUGUGUACUUGCGUGAUUCUGGUACAGGGAGGGGGCGUUUCUGAGCAAAAGGGAACAAAGCGACUAGUGGAGAGGCUCUUCCAGUAGUCCACUGCACUGAGAGAACUUUUAGUACGUUUGUGCUUUGUACCAAUAUAUCAAAAUUACAAUAUAAAAAAUCUAAAAGUCAAGAAAACUGAAAAAAAUGUCUGGAGGGUUGGGGGACGCUCUUCCCUUAUUACUAGAAACAGUUACUCGCUAUGCAUAACCUAGUUAAUAGUUAAAUUUGCUAUUGCUUUUUUCUUGUCUUGUUAAACUAAAAUCUUUAGAUCUUUUUCAAUAAAGUUUAGUCUUAAUAGAAUGUUAUAAACAGUCGUUCUGGUUCAAUAUAACCUGUGAUAAGUUUGUGUAGUUCUAAAAAGCCACUCCGUCCACACCCUCCCUCCACUUACUACCGCUUUGUGAUGAAACCUUUAUGCAAAAAUGUGGGUCUGAAAGCAUAGUUUUCAGUUUUCAGUGAAACAUUUUCUAGAACAUUCAGCUCUUGGAGGCUUGGGCAGAUACACAUUUGGAUAAAAGGAGCAAAUGCCCAUUGUUGUUUGAGGGUCAUUCAUUGCACUGGACUAAAUCUGUCAAAAAUCACUGAAGAGUCAAAAAGUUAUUUUUAAAAAGAUUCAUCAUGUUUUCAAAUGACAUACCAACAAAUCUUUAACAAAGGAGAAAUUGUUACCAUUGCACACCGACUGCUCUUUACAGCAGUUGUUGCUAUACUUAAAGAAGUACUCUGGAGGUAUGAAAAGGGAUUGUACCGACUCUAUAUUUUAUAUACUCUAAUAUGAUAUAUAUUAUAUAUUUUGAAAGGUGAAAUGUAAGGGAAUGGUUCCAGAAGUAUAGGUAUACAGAAUUGGAUUUUUUUGUUGUUUGUUGUUAAGACUUGAAAACAUGAAGGAGGUGUGUGGAGAGCAUUAUAAACACUCAGAGGCAUGCUCGCAUUAAGUACACACUCCUCUCUCACACCUCAGUCAUCUGACAGGCCGGGUCAUCUGCUAUCAUCAUUAUUAACCAGUCAUCAUCUGUGCCAUCCUAUCACAUAGUUUUCUAACGUCAUAAUGGCAACAAAUCAACCAAUACACCAACCCACCCAUCCACCAACCAACCAACCAACCAACCUACCAACCAACCAGACCCCGUCAUGCUCCCUGCCGCCGUCGGGAGCUUGAAUUAUGCAACGACCCCAGUAGAAUGUUGUUCUGUUGUGUGAACUUAUUUCCUACUCCGUGUGACUUUUGAACUCUUACGAUGCGUGCCUGUGUUCCGCCUAGACCCUGUGUGCAGGAGUGUGUGUGUGUAAGGGUGCGUGUGCGCGGGGCAUGUAUGCAUGUUUGUGUGCAUGUUUCUUUCUGUAACAGUGUGUGUGUUUGUCUCCAUAUGUUUGUAAGCGUGGAGUACAUCCAGGUGUGUGUAUGCACUGUAUACUCAUAUGUUAAGUGUUUGUGAUUAUUUGUGUGUGACUGUACAUUUGGGUCUGUUUAGUGCACAUAUACAGUAAACAAAUGUAUGUGUGUGUCUCCCUGAAUGAAUGUGGCAGAGAUAGCCAGCGUGGUUGAGCAAAUGGUGUGUAUGUGUGUGUGUGUGUGUGUGUGUGAGUGCACGUGUGUGUGUGUGAAAGUGUUUGCAUGUCAGGGUGUUUGAAACAUGGGGCUGCGUCACCUCGCUCUAUGCCCGACCCCUAUGGCUCACACCAUCCCCUGUAGCGCCUUAUAAUGGCAGCCUGCCAGUAGGAACAACGCAGCCAGUAGUGGAGGAGGGAAGGUGAACAGAGGAACUCGGCUCUUCUUGUCAGUUUUCAUUUUUUCCUCCUGAGACGUGUUUGUUUACUAUCUGAAAAAUCUAUAAACGAAAUCUUUAAAGACAAAAAAGACGAAAAAAUGUUCACGGGGCCUCAUGACCGCGGCUCUCUCUACUCUCUCCUGCUUAUGUUAUUACUUAACAAUUAUCAAUGAUGAUUAUUAUGAUUAUUAUUACUAUUAUUCUUAGUAUUCUUAUUCUUAUUAUUAAUCCAAUUACUGCGAUGAAUGACUUCAUGUUAUCCUUGCUAGUUUAGGUCAUUUCUGAAACUGGAAACAAAAAUAAAAAUCUUGCUGUAAAUGUUUGUUUUUUCUUUUUCAUAAAACUGUUGUGUUUGAAUUAUUUGUACUUUUGAAUGUUGGGACAAUAAAAUGAGGUGUUAAGAGCUUG